AUGGAAAAAGGACACGACAGCUGCAGUAUGGCAGCGUCGGAGCUGUACACAAAGGUAAUGGAAUCAACAUAAUCGGGCUUUGCCUUGUGCGUUUAUAGCGUUUCUGCAGCGCUUUCUUCAAUGAGCACAAAGCAAAGAGCUUGUUUAUAAUCAUUCAUUCGUUGAUGGCGGGAAUGAAUGAGAGGGAAGUCUUUAAUACAAACAGCGAGAUUGACAGGUCACAAAGCCUCGCGCACCGCGCAGGAGGUGAUUUUCGGACAUCAAAACAAUGCUAUGUUUUUGGAAUGAAUGAAAAGCGUUUGAAGCAGCGUCCUACAGCUUGGGGGACUAUAUACAGUACAUGUAGGUUGACAUGCAGUAGCCUAUGACUGAGUGAAGGCACCUUCUAUAUUUAGCUCUCUGCUGUGUUAAAAUGGGUGCAGCAGCAGAAGCAUCUCAGCUGACAAAGCGCCGAAGCGGUGGGCUCUGAGAUUCGGCCUCUGUCUCUGCCCUUCAUAGCCCCCGGCUCAGAAUGACUGUCAAUUUGAAUGUUUUAUUAUUCGGCGUAAUGUCAUCAUCUGCAGGUUGAUGCACUUUUGAAAAGCCGAUUUUUAUUAUGGUAUAAAUGUAGCAUCGCAAUGGCUACGAUGGAGAAUGUUGUUUUUUGUCCUAAAUAAAUCAUGUUAUUUUGUCAACUGGCAGUGGCACAGUCAUGUUUGUUCUUGUGUUUAUACAGUCGUGGUUUAUAACGGAGGACAGGCCUUUUAUUUGAGCUCGAGGCUGGGAUUCGGUUUGGGGUACGGAGGAGAGAGGAAUGAUGCUGAUACCAGCGCUGACGUCACGGGCCCCGCUCACGUCACCGCCGGUUGUUUUGAGAUUUUUCCCCCUUUUUGGGUCCAGGACCAUGUUCAGUAUGAGAACGUUCUCGAACGUUGCAGAUAGAAAUGCCACAAAUAGAACCGACGUGAUUCCGUAUUCUACAAGUCAGAGAUGCAUGUUUGUUCUACAUAGGAUAUUUCUAGCUGAACGUUCCAAAACUUUCCAUCCUGCUGAACGCGGCCCAAGCUCGAGACAGCUCGGCCAGGGGAACGGUGAGAGCUGAGAGAUAAAGGCUUGUCACUGCCUGAUCAAAACAGGCCAAAUAUAGGGAUGCAAUUUGAGUUUAGUAUAAUUAUAAUAUAGAAAUGAAUGACAACAGCCUAGAAUAACCUUACCCAACAAAGAAAAUAAUACUUAUUUGUUGUUGAUGUUAUUGUUUUUGACCAACAAUGUGAGGAGGAAAUUCGGAUAGAUGAGGGAGCAGAGAGUGUGGGUGUGCGUGUGUGAGAAAGAGAGAUGAGUUGCCCAUCCCCCAAUAGGCCAGCUGCUGUAUUCAGAAUGAACAGAGUGGUGUGUGGCAUGAAUGUGAAUGACUGAUACCCUGAAGUGUCCGGGUCCUCAGGGUUACUACUACCACAUCCAUCCACACACCAAAGGAAGGAGUGUGUGGAUAUAUUAGAAACAUAUAGAAAGAUUGCGAUGGAAAUACACUGCCGGUUGGUCGGUCUGUCUAUCUGUCUACAGACAUGACUAUCCAUACUUAGGAUAAAUUCACCGCUGCACAAAUGAAGGCUCUCCAUAAGAACUGAAAUGUCUGUGUGCAUUGCUAAUGCCUUGUAGCCUAAGUGUCAAAGGGUGUGUCUACUCAGAGGUUUUCCCUGAGGGUGUGUGUGGUUUUCUUCGUGAGUACAGAGGUCUAGGGAACACUCUUAUUUUUGUCUCUCUAACCAAUAAACAGUUAGUUCAGAGGGUCCUCCCAUACUCAACACACACACACACACCAGUGUUUUCCACAAGUACAUAGAUUAGCCAGCCAACUAGAAAAAGUAGACAGCCAGGUGCCCCUGGUCCGGGGCUUGCCCCCCCCAAGGGUUUGAUUUUUUGCCUAAGGAGCUUGCCUCUCGUACAUUCUAAUACCAUGAUUCCAUCCGAAAUGCACAGCAAAAUUAUUCAAUACUUUAUCGAGUUUACCUCCCAGAUUGGAAAAAUUAGUUGUGGUAUUGUGUAGAGAGACAUGACUUUACAAUUCAAAUGACAGAAAAUGUAUGAAUUCAGUGAGUUGUUUUGGAUAUGGUCUAGGUCUAUAUGACCAGGACUAUUUUCUAAGUAAGAGAAACCUUUUUUAACGUUUGAUCAGUCUUCUCUUGAGAUCAGUCUUAUUUACAGUUUUACUGCAAGAUAUGUAUUGCCACAAUGUUUGUUCUUCAAAUUAUGUAUUUUAUAAAAAUAAAUAGCCCACAUUAUCUUGAAAAAUAAAUAAAAGGUUACAUUUAAAAAAAGAAAAGGGUUAUAUCAGUCUUAAGAAUUAAAUGUAUCUGAUUAUACAUAGCCUAUAUUAAUAAAAAAUUAUCAUUAGCCUAGGUAGGGCCCUAUAAAAUCCAUUACAUUUAUCUGAUUAUACAUAGCCUAUAUUAAUAACAAAUGAUCAUUAGCCUAGGUAGGGCCCUAUAAAAUCCAUUACAUUUAUCUGAUUAUACAUAGCCUAUAUUAAUAACAAAGUAUCAUUAGCCUAGGUAGGGCCCUAUAAAAUCCAUUACAUUUUUUGCCUGAUUCCGUUUUGUUCUUUCCCAAAUUCAGUUUUCAUCAUUUUGUUUUUCCAUGUUUCAUUUUCCCCCAUUUUCUUUCAGGUUUUCUCUCUCAAAAUCACACACACACAAAAAAAAAAUAGAACAUCCAAUUUUUUAGGAGACCACUUUUGAAGUCUGGGAAUAAUCUGAGAAAUGUAGAUUUUUGGAUGUAGUUACCCUUUAAUUCAAGUGCACACCUAGGAAGAGGCUGUUGUUUAGCGGUACAUGUAAUGGGAUUUGCAAAACAAAUACCAACUGGAUUGAAAUAAUCAUGAUAUCAUUCUGCCAGGUAGGCAUAGGCUACUUUGUAGUUAACAUUUAAUUGAGAAGGUUUUGGGGAAAGCCUUUCCAUCUACCAGAAGACUGUUUUCAUUAACAUCAUCACUAAAGGCUACACAAAGUGGUAGAUGCACGCACCGCACACUCACAGACAGGAGCAUUCUCUUUGCCUCUUCAGGAAGUUGCAGGAAAUACCAAUCACUGAUGCCUUCUGUUCAUGUCUUAAGAUAAACUUGGUUGAUACAUUUAGUUGAUUCCCUACUAAGGUAAAUACAUUUUUAAAUAUUGUUGAAUUACUUUUUAAUGCCUGGAUUCUGUAAGGGCCCCAAUUAUCAUAUUUGAACCAGAAUGAGGCUUUCCACUAGCUAUUGUUCCUUCCGGGAGCCGGAAGGAGAGAGGGAGGGAGGCGGAGGGAGGGAGGGAGGGAGGCGGAAGGAGGGAGGCGGAAGGAGAGAGGGAGGGAGGCGGAGGGAGGGAGGCGGAAGGAGAGAGGAGAAAGAAGGCAGAUAAACGUACAAUGAAGAAACACAUAGCUAAGUAUAUGGGACAUGUAGCAAUCAAACCCACAACCCCGGUGUUGCCACUAACAAUAACUAUAAUUCUGCUGGUGCCAGCACAAACCCACAACUCAAAGGGUUAAGUUUAGGUCUAGCUUACAACAUGACCUUACUCUGUUGGAAUGAAUGUCAGCUCAUUCUCUCGCACUAUAGAAAAAUGUCUUGUCAUUUUGACAGCAUUAAAAUGACGUCUCUGCUGUCACAGGUUGGUGAACAAAGAGUGUGUCUAGUCAUCAGGCUGUAGCAGGCUCCAGUAGUCAGUCAGGUCUAUCCUAUAGGACAGCUGUAGCAGGCUCCAGUAGUCAGUCAGGUCUAUCCUAUAGGACAGCUGUAGCAGGCUCCAGUAGUCAGUCAGGUCUAUCCUAUAGGGCAGCUGUAGCAGGCUCCAGUAGUCAGUCAGGUCUAUCCUAUAGGACAGCUGUAGCAGGCUCCAGUAGUCAGUCAAGUCUAUCCUAUAGGGCAGCUGUAGCAGGCUCCAGUAGUCAGUCAGGUCUAUCCUAUAGGACAGCUGUAGCGGGCUCCAGUAGUCAGUCAGGUCUAUCCUAUAGGGCAGCUGUAGCAGGCUCCAGUAGUCAGUCAGGUCUAUCCUAUAGGGCAUUGGGGAGAGCACAGUCCUUUAGUAGCUCAGAGAAGAAUACAGCAUCUCUCGGCUCAAAGAUGAACACACUUUCCUCAUCCUACUGAUCAGGUCAGCAAGUUAAGACAAACUGCUGGACCAUUACAUAAUUGUGUGUUUUCCUCGGACGCUGAUGCAGGACAUGUGCAUUAGAUUACCACAGUAACCCUGUUAUGGUAAUUGAGCGGCGAAGUCAUGUCCACAGUGCUCUCUACAUGACUUCCUGCUGCUCCACACACACACACACACACACAGGUAAACACGCCUUGUUCUGUGGUGUGUGUGCAACUUUCUGGACACAGUGUUUGGAGCAGUAGUAAAGGGCAAAGGAGCUGACUCGCUGAGGCAAAAUACUUAGUAAGGGGCAGAAUACUUAGUAAGGGGCAAAAUACUUAGUAAGGGGCAAAAGACUUAGUAAGUGGCAAAAUACUUAGUAAGGGGCAAAAUACUUAGGUAAUUCUGUGGCUGAGGAGACUCAUGGAGCUUUAGUUUGCUUGUGUGUGAGAGACUGCCUUUUAGAGCUGGGCGAUAUGGACAAAAACCCAAAUCACGAUAAAUUGACUGCAUUAUCACAAUAUAUAUUUCCCUUGAAACUACUACCACUACUACUUGUUGUAUCUAUCACUUGUUCCAUCAACAAUCACAUCAUCAUCCCAGCUCGUGUGUGUGUUUGAGCGAUAGUGUGUGAGUUUUUGUCUGCCUCGUCCUCAUGUGACUGAGGGGUGGUAGUCUGGGCUGGGAGGGCGGGAGCUGGGCUGUUUGACUGAAAUCUGGGUCGUCCAAUGACAGGGUUGGACCAGGGCAAAGUAGAAGGCAGAGGGAGAGAGACAGAGUCCUGAUCGCUGUCAGACACAAUGGGUAUACUUCAUCUGUCCACAACGCUAUAACCAUCACUAAUCCAUUCACCUCCCUCCGUUGGCAAGGUGUGUGGUGGUCGGUGUGUGUGGCAGGGAGUGUGUUGCAAGGUGUGUGUGUGUGGGGCCGGGAGGUGAAGAGGAAGUUUAAGAUAAGGCUCUGGGAUCUGCUGAGACGUGAAGAUGAACGAGAAUCAGGAGUUGGAUUAUAUGUUUGUCAAAGUAAGUUCACUUCCUUUCACUUGGCUUGGCUUUGGUUGUUUUAUCUGUCUGUUGAGUUGUAGUAGAACGUUUCAGGCCUGUGUGCACGUGCAAGAGCAUACUUGUCCAGUAGCUGUGUGAGUUGGUACUCUCUUUCUUAAACAUGAAGGUCAGACUCCCCUGUCUCUCCUGUACCAGGAAGGGUUGUUUGUCUGUUGAUGACCCUCCUGUAGCUCAGUUGGUAGAGCAUGGCGCUUGCAACGGCAGGGUUGUGGGUUCGAUUCCCACGGGGGUCAGUAUGAAAAAUGUAUGCUAAAAAUGACCUAAAAAAUAAAAAAUAAAAAUGAAGACAGGCUGCGGCCUAAAUGGUACCCUGUAUGGCACACAUAGGGCUCUGUUUCAAAAGUAGUGUACAUUAUAGGGAAUAGGGUGCCAUUUGGGAUGUAGCCACAGUGAGUGUUCCAGUAGGCCUGGGUACUUCAGCCAACACAGGAACAACAGAGGGCUGCUCAACAGAAAAUACUGUUUCAGCCAGUUAGGAGCACUAUCUAGAUUAUCAUACCUUCCUUCUGUCAUACCCCGUUAUACGCUAUUAUACUAUGGGAAUUCUGAACUGUACUGUCAUAGUCAGGGCUACUGUACUGUCAUAGACAGGGCUACUGUACUGUCAUAGACAGGGCUACUGUACUGUCAUAGUCAGGGCUAUGUACUGUCAUAGGGCUACUGUACUGUCAUAGUCAGGGCUACUGUACUGUCAUAGUCAGGGCUACUGUACUGUCAUAGACAGGGCUACUGCACUGUCAUAGUCAGGGCUACUGUACUGUCAUAGACAGGGCUACUGUACUGUCAUAGUCAGGGCUACUGUACUGUCAUAGACAGGGCUACUGUACUGUCAUAGUCAGGGCUACUGUACUGUCAUAGACAGGGCUACUGUACUGUCAUAGACAGGGCUACUGUACUGUCAUAGUCAGGGCUACUGUACUGUCAUAGACAGGGCUACUGUACUGUCAUAGACAGGGCUACUGUACUGUCAUAGACAGGGCUACUGUACUGUGUCAUACUAUACUCCUGUUUGCCAAAUGUCUGCAUGGUAACUAAUGGGAUUAGACAGACAAGUUACUGUAAGACACUCUGAAAUGGGGUGACACUGUUGGUAUGGAGAGGUGGGAGAGGGGAUGGGAGAGGGGGAUGGGAGUGAGGGGAGGGGAGAGGAGAUGGGAGUGAGGGGAGGGGAGAGGAGAUGGGAGAGGGGGGAGAGGGGAUGGGAGAGGGGGAGAGAAAGAGGGGGGAGGAAGAGGGGGAUAGUGGGAGGGGGGUAAUGAGAUAGGGAGGGAAAGAGGGCGAGCGAGCGCUCCAGGUAGUGUUUCCCAGGAAUCAGGGAUUUUCAUCAACAUAGUUUUUUCCCAAGAUUCCUACAUCUGCUCCCCUCCUCCCCUCUCUUCCUCUCCCUCGUUUCCUCUCCUCCUACCUUCUCCCCUCUCCUUUCCUCCCCCUCCUCCCCUCUCUUCUCCUCUGUUCUUAUUCCCUCCCUCCUCUAUUCUCUCAUCUCUCUUCUCCUCUCCUCCUCUUCCUCCUGUAUCUCUGCUGAGGUGUGUACUUGGAGUGUUAAACCAAAGAUGGUUUAGAAACUCUGUGGUUAAACAGAAAAGCAGCAGUUUCUCACAUGAGGCUCUGUCAUGUGAUGACCCGGGUCAUGUGAUGACGGGGCCGCAGUCACCGCGAGAUUAGUUCUACUGCUCACACACAGUGUUGACUAGACUAACCACACACACACACACACACACACACACACACACACACACACACACACACAGAGGGCAGGGCUCCGUUCAGGAUGAAGAAAUCGUAGUCAAGUGUUUAAUUGAGUGGAAACUGUUUCUGUUGAAGAACGAAGACAUUGAAGAACAUUAUAAUUACGUUGGCUCAUAGGGCCAUUGAUGCUCUCCAUUUUAGCAGAGAGAGGCCUGGCCAGGGGGUGGAGGCUGGAUUUACUGCUGCUCUACAGCCCUGCACUGUUUCAUCCUCCCCCUCAGCAGCAGUGAAGACACCACGCCUGCAGGGUGAGGGCAGGCUGCAGUUCAACUCUCCUCAUCCUCCUCCUCUCCUCCAUCUGCAGUCACUGUCAGUGAUCUGUAAUGCUGAGUUGUGAAAGCAACAUGGUGGAUGUCUGGUUUGGCCUGUCCUGCUUUGUCAGAUCAGGAGAAAUAAAGGAAUGAAGGAUAGAGGAAGAGCGAACAAGAGGAGAGGAGGGAGGAGAGGAGGCGAAAGAAAGGGCGAGAGAGAUCUAACUGAUGAAGUGAAAGCUCAGUCUAAGAGGGUUAAUCUACUUCUAAUAAUCCUGUUGGCUGUGAACAAAUGUAUAAACACUUCUGCUGUUACUUACCCCCCUCCUCUCCUCUCUCCCCCUCUUCUUUUCUCCUCCCCCCUCAUCUCCUCUCCUCUCCUCCCACUCCUCUCUCUCCAUUCCACUCCCCUCCUAACCCUCUCCUCAUGUCCCCUCAUCACUGCCUCUAUCUAAACCCACUGACAUAACCUCUUGGAACUGAGUGAAGUUGAACCUUUCACUAUCUCGCCUGAGGCCUUACCUCCUAACUCCCAGCCCUUUGUUCCUAAUAUCCUAGUUCCUCCCCUUAACCUCUUCCCCUAGCUCCUGGGUCUGUCUCACUAGCUCCUAGCCCCUAGUACCCUGUACCCGUAAUAUCUCUCAGAACCUUUCAGUAUUCACGGCUGUGAAAGGAUUGGUAUAACCAAUAACGCUGGUAGAAUGUUAUUGUGUGUGUGUGUGUGUGUGUGUGUGUGUGUGUGUGUGUGUGUGUGUGUGUGUGUGUGAGUGAAAGAGAGAGAGUGGAGGUGUAGUUCUCUGUGUAGGGAUUAGAUUAGAGGUAAAUCCAGAGUUAAUCCAGUGCUGAUCUUUAGUCUCUUAGUCAGUCCUGGAUUAAAGGGCCGACCUGAGUCGCUACUGGCCUUUCCCUCCUACCAACCUGCCACACACACACACACACACACACACACACACACACACACACACACACACACACACACACACACACACACACACACACACACACACACACACACACACACAUACACACAUACACACAUUCACACAUACACACAUACACACACACACGUACACACACAUAUACACUACUCUAAUAUAACUAACCACUGGGCUGGUAGUUAGCCUAUAGGUUUGACCUAUAGGUUCAGAUCCCAGGUCAGAAGGUUGCUGGUGUUCUUACUGGAUGCUCUUGGGCCCUUGAGGAAGGCACUGAACUACUAAACUGAUCCAGGAGUAGGCCUGCAGUGUGAAACAGUUUGUGUCAGGUUAAUAUAGAACACACCACAUGCCUCAGGGAUAUGUUAGCUCUACAGUAGCCCACUGAGCUAAAGCCUCAAGCAAGGUUACAUCACACACUCUGCUGCUCGCUGCGGACCCCUCUGUCCUCUCAGCCUCUCUGUAGCUCUUCCUCUCCCACUCUGAUCAGCUGUUCCAGGUCAUGAGCCAGGCAAGCAGAGGGUGUGUAUGUGUGAUGAGAACCCCUUCACUCUGAGUCAUGAGGGUUGAUGUCACAAGGGGUAUAAUCUCCCCUUCUCUUCCUGCAUCCUCCUCCUUAGUCCUCUCCUCCUCUCCUGUAUAGUUGACCAGUCUAGCUGAUCCCCACUAGCACCAUGUGACAGACAGGGUCCCUCUGACUUAUCUCUGUGUGUUUUGGGGUAGAGUUCUACCCUUCAUCUCUCCUCUACUGUAACCCUGGGGAUCUGUCUAUAAAUAUGACUCAAUCCCACUGCUCCCCCCCCCUCCUCACAACAUGGACUAGUAAAUGGUUUACACACUUAAUUGCAGCAGAAAGUGUGUGUGUGUGUGUGAUUAGGAGGAUCAGGAAGUGUGCUCAGCGUGUAUGGUUGUGUCACAGUGGGAGUGAUGCUACUCAGUGAGGUGUGUGUGUGAGGCUAUUUUUACCUCCAAACUCCCCUCUCUCCAUCUCUUUCUCACUCUCUCCAUCUCUCUCUCACUCAUUCUAUCGCUCACUCUCACUCCCUCACUCCUCCUUUCCAUUGCUAGGAGCUGGGCUGUGAACCGCUCUCCUCCAGGAAGGAACAGGUAGAGAGAGAAUAGCCUCAGUAACCCUGCUAUAGGAUGACUGAAUCUCUGUGUUCUGUCACGUCAGCACUUUUCUCUGCUGACCUCUCUACACACACUCUGCUCUGACCUUUCAGUGUUAAACGCUGGUGUGAAAGAUUCAUUUCAAUUCAUUGUGGAGCAUCACAAGAAUACCUUUUCCAUUACGUAGUGAUAAACCAUGAUGGCAUGACGAUGACGUAGGUCUGAAUAUGUAAGCAACCUCCCACAAUGGUGAUUCUUGUCUGUCUGUCUGUGUGAGUGCAUGGCUCUGUAGGCUAUGAGCUAGAUCAUCAGACUUUUCCACAGAAUGUUCCUGGAAGGUUAGGGGGAGUCAUAAGGAUAUGAGAGCAUCCUAUCCGAGUGCCAACUGUCAUAGUGCCAACACACAUGCUCACACACACACACACACACACACACACGCACGCACGCACGCACGCACGCACACACACCACGCACGCACAUACACUGAAGCUUGUUUUCAGUCUUCAUGUAAAUCCUUCCUACCAAUGAGAUUAUAACACAUUUUACAGACUGUUCUCCUGAAAAAGCAGUAUCAUGUGGGCUAAACAUUCUAGCGCUAUGGAAUUAGACCUAGGCUGGCCUGCUGUGUGUGCCUCUGAAAGAUCUUCAUAUAUAGGUCUGCUGGUGGUAAUAAUGGAUUAGGGUAAAUGAUGAUAAGCUUAGGGUAGUGCUGAUCAUCAUUGAGCUGAUUUAAUGAGACGGAAAGAUCACUGAUUGGCAAUCUGAUAGGCCAUCUGUUUGACCUUUCCAAUGGCAUCUGUUAGAGCUGGAAUCUACCAGUCAGCUCUCCUCUGGUGACUGGAGUGCGUCUCUACCAAUGUGUGUGUUACGGAUGUGGUUCUGUGAACUUCACUCUUGUGAGCCUGAGGCCUGAAGACUUCUUCCUGAGCUAAUGCCUUGGCUUUAGCUCAGCGGGCUAACAUAGUCCAGUGGAAGGCUGAAGACCCGGGAUCAAACCCAGUCACAGUGUGUCUGUGUGUUUCGCAUGUCUUUGAUCAGCUGACAGGCUCCUGCCACAGGGCAGGGCGGGCUCUGAAAGCAUUCCUGUCAUGUUGUGAUUGGUCACAGAAUCAUGUGGACUGGGUUUGGGACUUUAUGAAUGGCCAGCGGUAUUGAUCAUGUUAGAUGGUGAAAUCAUAUCCAACCAACCAUGGAUAUAUAACAGCCUCAGUCAGCACUGUGCUAAUCUGGGACACCAGCAGGCUCUCUCUAUGCAGUAGAAAUGGAGCCUAGGGACAGCACUGUACUGAUGUAGGCCUUAUGUAGCUUUAUGACUUGGAGAAUAAACUCUGUAGUAUGUAUUUAUGUAAUGUAUAACCUUUCUCUACCUUCUCACCAUCUCCUUUCUCUCUCUCUCUCUCUCCCCCCUCUCUCUCUCUCUCUCUCCAUAUAUCUCCCUAUCCAUAUCCAUAUCUCUCUCUCUGUCUCCAUAUAUCUCUAUCCACAUCUCUCUCUGUCUCUCUCUCUCAGUUUGCUCGGGUGUGGAUCCCUGAUGCAGAGGAGGUGUGGAAGUCAGCAGAGCUCACUAAGAACUACAAACAUGGAGAUUCCACCCUUCACCUCACACUGGAGGAUGGAAUGGUGAGUACUGGAGGAUGAAGAGGAGGAGAAGGGGGGUAUAGGGUUGGGUGGUUGCAUAACAUCCUCUCAUUUGUGAUGAGAUUCACAGUACACACACACAGUGAAUCUAUCUCAUUAUUGGUUAAUAGUUUUCCUGUGAAAGCACUCUCCAGAAAUGAACCAGUAUGUUCCAGUGAAGACUCAGAGGAGUUGUAAAGGGCUGUUGUCUUCACACUGCAAUAUACCAUAUAUCACCAUACAUAUCAUAACCUGUCCAUAUGUCAAUGUUAACAAAGUCAACCAAGCCCAGUGGACCUUUCAGAAACAUGUCCCAUUUGCUGGCAUAUUUUAGUACAUACAUGAGGCUUGGCUGAGUUUGCUUAUGUUCACCAACUGUCUGCUUUUUAUGUCACUGGGUUACAUAAAACCAGGACCUUACUCAGCUCACACACACACACACACACACACACACACACACACACACACACACACACACAGGUGGCUGGUGAGGGGGGGCCGGAUUACAAUAAUGGGUGUAAUGAACUAAAUUGAAUGGUAUAAAACCCAAUGAAACCAUGUUUGAUACCGUUCCAUUUACCAAUGAAGGUGCCACCAGCUUCUCUGUUUAAUCUGUGUUGUUCAGGACAUUGAGCACAAGCUGGAUGAUAAGACGAAGAACCUUCCUCACCUCCGGAACCCUGACAUCCUGGUGGGGGAGAAUGACCUCACAGCUCUCAGCUACCUCCACGAGCCGGCUGUCCUGCACAACCUUAAAGUCCGAUUCACCGACUCCAAACUCAUCUACACAUACUGUGGUAUGCAGACACAGACACACAAGGGUCCCACACACACACAGACACACACACACACACCAACCCCCUCUCUCCUCUCCUCUCUCUUCCUGUAGGGAUUGUGCUGGUGGCCAUUAAUCCCUAUGAGAAUCUGCCCAUCUACGGUAGUGACAUCAUCAAUGCGUACAGCGGCCAGAACAUGGGAGACAUGGACCCUCACAUCUUUGCUGUGGCUGAGGAGGCUUACAAACAGAUGGCCAGGUAUGUGUGUGUGUGGCAUGCGUGCCAGUGUUUAAACAGUUUUCCCAUGGUUCAAACGAUGUCAGUCUGAGAGCUUCCAGUGGAAUAGAACAGUGUGUGGGUAUUUACUGUCUGUGUUACCUGUGUUUCAAGUGUUCCUCUGCUCCUGGCCCCUCCCUCUGCUCCUGGCCCCGCCCACUGCUCAUGGCCCCUCCCUCUCUAACUCAAUCUGUUUCUUAGGGUUUGUAGGUCAGAACUAAACCAGAAAUAAACUGGUGGUCUCUGUUUCUCUCUUUCUAUCUCUCCUUCUCUCUCUCCCCUUUUCUCUCUCUCCUUCUCUCUCUCCCCUUUUCUAUCUCUCCUCUCUCUUUCUCUUUCUCUCUCUCUCUCUCUCUCUCUUCUCUCUCUCUCUUUCUCUCUCUAUCUCCUUUCUCUUUUCUCUCUACUCUAGGGGUGUUAAACUUAUUUUGCCCCAGGGGCGCAUUCGACCUUCAACGUGGAAUUAUUUAUGCUCCCUGACUAUCUAGCUUUCAUUUUGGUGAUUAUUAGGGAGCUGGACACAGUAAAGAAAUGUUAUGAAUGUAGGUCCUUAUCAUUUUUACAGUUUCGAAUUUGGUUUUAGUCAUUUUAAAGUAUAUAGAGUUCAUUUUCCUACACCAACAUUUUUUGACCUCCUCUCUCCUCUCUCUCUCUCUGUACAGCAUGUUGUCUGCUAGAGUGACCUCACACACACCGUUUUGAGAACCAAGUCUAAUAACUUUCCUUUUUUAUGUGUGUAUUGUUGUAUUGGCAUGACUGAGCCAACUAAGCUGACACAUAGCAGACUCUUGCUUCCCUCACCGUCUCCAUCUUUCCUUCUCUCCUGUAUUAGAGAUGAGAGGAACCAGUCUAUAAUCGUAAGCGGUGAGUCGGGAGCAGGGAAGACUGUGUCGGCUAAAUACGCCAUGCGGUACUUCGCUACGGUCAGCGGAGCAGCCACAGAGGCCAACGUAGAGGAGAAGGUCCUCGCAUCCAACCCCAUCAUGGAGGUAUGACUCCCCUCACCUAGACUAUGACUCAUCUGCCCGUAAAUGGAGAGGAGAGAGUAUAGAGAUGAUAGAAGUCAGAUAUACUCUAUUAAGCUCCUCUCCUUCUCUCUCCUCUCUCUUCUCCUCCUCUCCUCGCUCCAGUCCUCUCCUCUCCUCUCCUCGCUCCAGUCCUCUCAUGUGGCAUCUGGGGGGGGGGUUAGUGCUCUCCCCUGUGCCCAUAUGGCCUCUCUCCCAUCUCCUCUCUUUCUCUCCUCUCCCUUCCCUCUCCCCCUUGGUGUAAGGAUGACAUCACUCCUCUCACAGCCCUGUCAGCCAAUCAGUGGUCAGCAUCACAGGAUGAACAGGAAGCCUUCUUCCUGCUGUGUGUGUGCUGUGUGUGUGUGUGUGUGUUGAUGUAAGGACACAUUACCAUACUUGCCUGUGCAGCUGAAAGCCUCCUUGUCUUUAGGGAACAGUAACAGUGUGUUUUCUCUUAACUCAGCUAGAGGAGAGCUCUCUCCUUACACACACUUUAACCCCUAUAUAGUGUGUGUGUGUGUGUGUGUAGCAGAGCUGAUUUCCACUGCAGUUAGUCAGUUGGUGAUAUUUGCUUUAGGCAUUUCCAGUCCCUGUGCUGGCGUUGUGAGGUCUGAUUAUCUGGGCAGCGCGACUGCAAUAAAGACGACCUUUAACACCACCACUGACUACUGUGCUGUGCUUUGACUGCAGACCCAGCAGGACUUCAUCCCCCAUGAUGCACAGCAGCAGCAGCAGCACCACCACAGUAUCUCUCUCCCCAUGUCCCUCCCCUCCCUGCUGGACAGUUUAGUUCUACACCAUCACAUGGCCCAGCUAGCCUGGAAUGCACACUGAAUACUAAUGUCAAAACACUGCCUUGUUGUAAAAGGGGGGGUGAUAUGCUGAUAUUGCUGACCUAAUCUAUAUUUCUCGCUCUCUGUCCGUGUGUGUGUGUCCGUGUGUGUGUGUUCUCUAGGCGAUAGGAAACGCUAAGACGACUCGUAACGACAACAGCAGUCGUUUCGGGAAGUACAUCGAGAUCGGCUUCGACAAACGCUACCGCAUCAUCGGCGCUAACAUGAGGACAUAUCUACUGGAGAAGUCUAGAGUGGUGUUCCAGGUGAGUGUCUCUCUAAACAAGUUCAGUAUUUAGCAGUGAAUUCCUCCUCCACUCCAGUUCAGGAAAACACACCCGGACCAUACACACACACCAGUCAUCAGUUCACAUUCCUUCUUUUUACCUGUCUGUCUGUCUUUACUUCUGCUCAGUCUACCUUUCUCUCUCUCUCUCUCUCUCUCUCAUCCAUCCUUCUGGCUGUCUCUCCUUCCACUGUCUUUCCUCUUCCUCCAGGUCAGGAAAACACAGGAGACAGAACACACAUCAGAACACAUUCCUUCUCUUCACCUGUCACUUUACCUCUGUUCUAUUCUGUUCUUCCUUCCUUCUGUGUCCAGCUCAUUCCUGAUAUGAGCCUAUUGAAUAAGUGUUUUAGUCCUCCUCUCUCUCUCUCUCUCUCUCUCUCUCUCUCUCUCUCUCUCUCUCUCUCUCUCUCUCCUCUCCUCUCUCUCUCUCUCUCUCUCUCUCUCUCUCUCUCUCUCUCUCUCUCUCUCUCUCUCUCUCUCUCUCUCUCGUCGAUCUGAUCCAGGUCACACAGCUGAGACGGAUCAGGAAGGUGCACAACUUAGAAAGUGCACACACACAAACAGAUGCACACACAGAUACACACACUCGCACACAGAUACACACACACACACACAGAUACACAUGCACACAAAAACACAUUGUUCAGAUGAGGAAUGAGGAUAGUGGAGUAUAGCAUGUCUUCCCAGACUUGAGGAAGCUGCUGUGAGUCCUGUACUGCAACACACAUUCCCCACAUUCCUUUCUGCAACAGCACCUGGGUGUGUGUGUCUUAGUCUGUGGUGGAAAUGUUGCAACAUUAAAACUAUACGAGAUUCUAAACAGCAUGACAGUGUUCUGUUGUCUGUACACAACAUUGCACACUGGAAUCUGCUGGCUGUAUAGAACACACUAUCUGAAACUGCCUGACUGUGUGUGUCUGUCUGUCGGUCUGUCUGUUGGUCUGUCUGUGCAGGCGGACGAGGAGAGGAACUAUCACAUCUUCUAUCAGCUGUGUGCGUCCUCCCAUCUACCAGAGUUCAAGAAUCUGAAGCUAGGUAAGACACACACAAACACACACUCUCCAUUGGAUGGUUGGACGCUUCCUAAGCUUUGAAACGUAUCUAUCUAUUUGUUUAUUGAUUAGCCUGACAACCCAUCCACAUGGCUCCGGCCAAACACCACGCCCACUAGAGUUUCUUCUCCACCAUGAGUCUGGAUUUGCUUUCCUCCCUCAAUACAUAGAAUGUGAACACAUUCUAACCGUUCUGAUUGGUCCCGAUUCCAAUGGGUUGAGCCCAGCGUACACAAAUCAUGAAUCACGUCAUUGGCUUUGAUACUGUGAUUGGUUUGAGACGAUCCAAUCGUUAAUGAAUUUGUUUUGUACAACGAUCCUCAUUUUGAAGUCGGCACAAACGACUUCUGGGAUGGCAGUUUCAGACUGAAUGUAUGAAGCGAUCGGUCGAGCAGUGGAAUUAAAUUCAGGAUGAGUCGUCAAGCAAUUUAUUGAUAUCAAUAAAUGACAAAUGGAUAAAUAAAAAUAGUGCCCCAGUCGUUCUCCGUGAUCAUAUAGGUGAGAUGUGUAACAGGGGUAGAGGAAAUAGUACAGUGUAUUUGUAAACAAACAGAAACGUGAGGACAGACAGCAGCCAUAUUGAGUCAUAUUAACUGUGGGAUCAUAUUAACUACAGUAGAGCUCCUAUUCGAUCAAACUUCAUGUUGUGGGUGUGAGGCAGUGCCCAGCUGCCUGCAGAGAGAGAUGGAGGGAGAGCGCAUGUGUGUGAGAUGGCAGAAAGAGAGACUGUGUCAUCUAACGAGGCUGUUUGUUGCACAAACACACAUACACACACACUUAAUCUCUGCCACACACACACACACACUGCCCUAGUCUCUCUCAGCUGGCCUCUUGGCAGAGACACACCACCAGAAUGGAGGGGUUGUCACAGUGAUAUCAGCCCUGAGUUGCCAGGCAACAGUCUAUGGUUGCUUUAAUCUAGGGAAGGCUUUGUUUUGGGAGUGUGCGUGUGUGCACACUUUCUGCGUGCACGUAUUAACAAGAGUAUUCAAUGUAUCACACUCAAACAUCAGGUCAGGAUUGGGCCCUGUGUGAUCCCAGUGACCCUAAUGUAGCAGUAUUCUCCUGGUCAGCUGCUCUAAACAGUUGAAUAGAAUAGAAGACUUUCUAUAGGCUACUGAUUAACCACUGUUGAUUUAGUGUGUGUGUGUUUUUGUGUGUCCAUGCAGGUAGUGCUGAUGACUUCCACUGCACCAACCAGGGUCGGAACCCGAUCAUCGAUGGAGUGGACGACGCUAAAGAGAUGUGCACAACACGACAUGCCUUCUCACUGCUAGGUAAUAUAUACACACCUGACAUUCCUUCUCACUGCUAGGUAAUAUAUACACACCUGACAUGCCUUCUCACUGCUAGGUAAUAUAUAUACACCUGACAUUCCUUCUCACUGCUAGGUAAUAUAUACACACCUGACAUUCCUUCUCACUGCUAGGUAAUAUACAGUGAGGGAAAAAAGUAUUUGAUCCCCUGCUGAUUUUGUACGUUUGCCCACUGACAAAGACAUGAUCAGUCUAUAAUUGUAAUGGUAGGUUUCUUUGAACAGUGAGAGACAGAAUAACAACAACAAAAUCCAGAAAAAAACGCAUGUCAAAAAUGUUAUAAAUUGAUUUGCAUUUUAAUGAGGGAAAUAAGUAUUUGACCCCUCUGCAAAACAUGACUUAGUACUUGGUGGCAAAACCCUUGUUGGCAAUCACAGAGGUCAGACGUUUCUUGUAGUUGGCCACCAGGUUUGCACACAUCUCAGGAGGGAUUUUGUCCCACUCCUCUUUGCAGAUCUUCUCCAAGUCAUUAAGGUUUCGAGGCUGACGUUUGGCAACUCGAACCUUCAGCUCCCUCCACAGAUUUCCUAUGGGAUUAAGGUCUGGAGACUGGCUAGGCCACUCCAGGACCUUAAUGUGCUUCUUCUUGAGCCACUCCUUUGUUGCCUUGGCCGUGUGUUUUGGGUCAUUGUCAUGCUGGAAUACCCAUCCACUACCCAUUUUCAAUGCCCUGGCUGAGGGAAGGAGGUUCUCUCCCAAGAUUUGACGGUACAUGGCCCCGUCGAUCAUCCCUUUGAUGCGGUGAAGUUGUCCUGUCCCCUUAGCAGAAAAACACCCCCAAAGCAUAAUGUUUCCACCUCCAUGUUUGACGGUGGGGAUGGUGUUCUUGGGGUCAUAGGCAGCAUUCCACCUCCUCCAAACACGGCGAGUUGAGUUGAUGCCAAAGAGCUCGAUUUUGGUCUAAUCUGACCACAACACUUUCACCCAGUUCUCCUCUGAAUCAUUCAGAUGUUCAUUGGCAAACUUCAGACGGGCAUGUAUAUGUGCUUUCUUGAGCAGGGGACCUUGCAGGCGCUGCAGGAUUUCAGUCCUUCACGGCGUAGUGUGUUACCAAUUGUUUUCUUGGUGACUAUGGUCCCAGCUGCCUUGAGAUCAUUGACAAGAUACUCCCGUGUAGUUAUGGGCUGAUUCCUCACCGUUCUCAUGAUCAUUGCAACUCCAUGAGGUGAGAUCUUGCAUGGAGCCCCAGGCCGAGAGAGAUUGACAGCGCUUUUGUGUUUCUUCCACAACUGUUGUCACCUUCUCACCAAGCUGCUUGGCGAUGGUCUUGUAGCCCAUUCUAGCCUUGUGUAGGUCUACAAUCUUGUCCCUGACAUCCUUGGAGAGCUCUUUGGUCUUGGCCAUGGUGGAGAGUUUGGAAUCUGAUUGAUUGAUUGCUUCUGUGGACAGGUGUCUUUUAUACAGGUAACAAACUGAGAUUAGGAGCACUCCCUUUAAGAGUGUGCUCCUAAUCUCAGCUCGUUACCUGUAUAAAAGACACCUGGGAGCCAGAAAUCUUUCUGAUUGAGAGGGGGUCAAAUACUUAUUUCCCUCAAUAAAAUGCAAAUCAAUUUAUAACAUUUUUGACAUGCGUUUUUUUCUGGAUUUUGUUGUUGUUAUUCUGUCUCUCACUGUUCAAAUAAACCUACCAUUAAAAUUAUAGACUGAUCAUUUCUUUGUCAGUGGGCAAACGUACAAAAUCAGCAGGGGAUCAAAUACUUUUUUCCCUCACUGUAUACACACCUGACAUUCCUUCUCACUGCUAGGUAACAUAUACACACCUGACAUUCCUUCUCACUGCUAGGUAAUAUAUACACACCUGACAUUCCUUCUCACUGCUAGGUAAUAUAUACACACCUGACAUGCCUUCUCACUGCUAGGUAAUAUAUACACACCUGACAUUCCUUCUCACUGCUAGGUAAUAUAUACACACCUGACAUUCCUUCUCACUGCUAGGUAAUAUAUACACACCUGACAUUCCUUCUCACUGCUAGGUAAUAUAUACACACCUGACAUUCCUUUUCACUGCUAGGUAAUAUAUACACACAUGGUCAGCCAUAGUAGUAUUGCGCACCUGGAGCAAAUGAGGGUUAAGUGCCUUGCUGAAGUGAACAUAGACAGAUUUACACCUUGUCGACUUGUGUAUUCAAACCAGCUACCGUUCGGUUACUGGCCCAAUGCUCUAACCGCUAGGCUACCCUAAUGUCCUAGGUCACACACAAACACCACACCACACACGUUAACAUUUCCCAGGCAGUCAUUUACUCUCAGUCCCAUUUGGUUUUUAGUAUAGUGUUGAUUUUGAUAGUAUUGUUUUUGUGUGUAUUUGUGUUCAGGCAUCAACGAGUUGAACCAGAGGGGGCUGUUCCAGGUCCUGGCGGCCAUCUUACAUCUGGGCAACGUGGAGAUCAAGGACCGAGACUCUGAUAGCAGCAUCAUACCUGUGAGGAGACACCUCCAACCUCUCUGACCUCUAACCUCUAUUAUUAAACCUCUGACCUUUCCUAAUCAUUGGCUCUUUCUCAAAUUGUCUUGACUCAAUUCCUCCCAUCUCUCUCCUCACCUACUUCUCAAAACCCAUUGGAGAAGAAGGUCUGAGGGGAGGGACCUUGGACCUUCUCCAAUACGGUUGAGAAGGGUCGAGGAGAUGGGAAGAAUAGCAGAAAGAUUAAUUGAGCAAUUGAUUGAAAUGACCAUGAAUCCCUCUCUCUCCCCCCUCUCAGCCCAAUAACCGCCACCUGACGGUGUUCUGUGAGCUGAUGGGCGUGACCUACCAGGACAUGUCUCAUUGGCUGUGCCACAAGAAGCUGAAGACAGCCCAGGAGACCUACAUCAAGCCCAUCCCUCGGCUGCAAGCCUCCAAUGCCCGCGACGCGCUUGCCAAACACAUCUACGCCAAAGUCUUCAACUGGAUCGUGGACCACGUCAACAAAUCUCUGCGCGCCACUGUCAAACAGCACUCCUUCAUAGGAGUCCUGGAUAUCUAUGGGUGGGUGGGUGUGUGUCUGUGCUUGUUUGUGUGUGUGUGUGUGUGUGUGAGACAAUCACUCUCUGACCUCUCCUCUGCUCUCCAGGUUUGAGACGUUUGAGAUCAACAGUUUUGAACAGUUCUGUAUCAACUAUGCUAACGAGAAGCUACAACAGCAGUUUAACAUGGUGAGAAAACUGUGUGCCCUGUCUGAAACUGAACUCCUGUUUAACAUGGUGAGAAAACUGUGUGUGUCCUGUCUGAAACUGAACUCCUGUUUAACAUGUGGAAGGAAAACCUGUGUGAACCUGUCUGAUAACUGAACUACUGUUUAACCUGUUGAAAACUGUGUUCCUGCUGAAAAACUGCCUGUUUAACAUGGGAGAAAACUGUGUACUGUCUGAAACUGAACUCCUGUUAACAAUGGUGAGAAAACUGUGUGUGUCCUGUCUGAAACUGAACUCCUGUUUAACAUGGUGAGAACUGUGUGUCCUGUCUGAAACUGAACUCCUGUUUAACAUGGUGAGAAAACUGUGUGUCCUGUCUGAAACUGAACUCCUGUUUAACAUGGUGAGAAAACUGUGUGUGUCCUGUCUGAAACUGAACUCCUGUUUAACAUGGUGAGAAAACUGUGUGUGUCCUGUCUGAAACUGAACUCCAGUUUAACAUGGUGAGAAAACUGUGUGUGUCCUGUCUGAAACUGAACUCCUGUGAUGCCGUUGUCUAAAUAACCCUCUUGUGUGUAAAAGUAUUCCAAAAAAACAAUAUAAAUAGAUUGAUAUAUUUUAUUAUUGAUGUCAGAGACAAUUGUGAUGCUUGCUGUAAUGCGGUGACCUUGUUACAACUUCUCCUCUCAUCCCACUUUCUUGCCUGUCUUCUCUCUCUUCCCUUUUUUCCUCACUAUUCCAACACCUUCUCUCUCUCCUCUCCUCUCCUCUCCCCUCCUCUCCUCUCCUCUCCUGUAUUUUCAUUUCUCCUCUCCUCUCUUCUCCUCUCUUCUCCCCCCUUCUCUCUCCUCCUCCUCUCUACAGCAUGUGUUCAAGCUGGAGCAGGAGGAGUAUUUGAAGGAGCAGAUUCCCUGGACUCUGAUAGACUUCUAUGAUAACCAGCCAUGUAUCAACCUCAUAGAGGCCAAGAUGGGAGUACUAGAUCUGCUGGACGAAGAGUGCAAAGUACACACAUACACACGUACACUCACAUAUACAUAUAUAUAUAUAAAUACAGUGGGGAGAACAAGUAUUUGAUACACUGCCGAUUUUGCAGGUUUUCCUACUUACAAAGCAUGUAGAGGUCUGUAAUUUUUAUUAUAGGUACACUUCAACUGUGAGAGACGGAAUCUAAAACAAAAAUCCAGAAAAUCACCUUGUAUGAUUUGUAAGUAAUUAAUUUGCAUUUUAUUGCAUGACAUAAGUAUUUGAUCACCUACCAACCAGUAAGAAUUCCGGCUCUCACAGACCUGUUAGUUUUUCUUUAAGAAGCCCUCCUGUUCUCCACUCAUUACCUGUAUUAACUGCACCUGUUUAAACUCGUUACCUGUAUAAAAGACACCUGUCCACACACUCAAUCAAACAGACUCCAACCUCUCCACAAUGGCCAAGACCAGAAAGCUGUGUAAGGACAUCAGGGAUAAAAUUGUAGACCUGCACAAGGCUGGGAUGGGCUACAGGACAAUAGGCAAGCAGCUUGGGUGAGAAGGCAACAACUGUUGGCGCAAUUAUUAGAAAAUGGAAGAAGUUCAAGAUGACGGUCAAUCACCCUCGGUCUGGGGCUCCAUGCAAGAUCUCACCUCGUGGGGCAUCAAUGAUCAUGAGGAAGGUGAGGGAUCAGCCCAGAACUACACGGCAGGACCUGGGUCAAUGACCUGAAGAGAGCUGGGACCACAGCCUCAAAGAAAACCAUUAGUAACACACUACCCCGUCAUGGAUUUAAAAUCCUGCAGUGCACGCAAGGUCCCCCUGCUCAAGCCAGCGCAUGUCCAGGCCCGUCUGAAGUUUGCCAAUGACCAUCUGGAUGAUCCAGAGGAGGAAUGGGAAGAAGGUCCAUGUGGUCUGAUGAGACAAAAAUAGAGCUUUUGGUCUAAACUCCACUCGCCGUGUUUGGAGGAAAGCAGGAUGAGUACAACCCCAAGAACACCAUCCCAACGUGAGCAUGGAGGUGGAACAUCAUUCUUUGGGGAUGCUUUUCAUGCAAAGGGGACAGACGACUGCACCAAGAUGACCAUGCUCUGAAUGCUGACCUGUUCGUCUCUCCUCUCUUCCUCCUCUCUCCCCUCUCCCCUCUUCUUCUCCUCUCUUCUCCUCUCUCCCCUCUUCUUCUCUCCCUCCUCUCCCUGUACCUCCCCUCUUCUCUCCCUCCUUCCUGCUUAUCAUCUCCUCUCCUUCUUUCUUCUCCUCUCCUUCUUCUCCUCUCUUCUCCCCCUUCCUCUCCUCCUCCUCUCUCAGCAUGUGUUCACUGAGCGAGGGGGGGGGGGGGGGGGGGGGGGGGGGGGGGUUUUUUUUUUUUUUUUUUUUUUUUUUUUGCACUGCAGGAUUUGGUCCCUGGCGGCGUAGUGUAUACUGAUGGUAGGCUUUUAUUGGUCAAGCCUCUGGGUAUUACUAGGUCCCCGGUGGUUCUGGGAUUUUGCCACUCUUGUAUCAUUUGACCAGGGGGAGAUCUUAGCGUGGAGCCCCAGAUCGAGGGAGAUUAUCAUGCUUGUAGGUCUUCCAUUUCCUAAAUGCUCCCACGUUGAUUUUUUGGUCACUUCAACCAAGAUGACUGGUACCUAUUGCAGAUUCAAGUCUUCCCACCUGGGAGGUCAUACAAUUUUGUUUUGUGUAUUUGCAGUCUUUGUCUUGCCACUAGAUUUGACAGUUUGAGUGAGACGUUUGGUUGUGACAGGUGUAUUUUAUCUAUAACCCAGUUCAAACAGGUGCCAUUAAUACGGUAAGAGUGGAGGACAAGGAGCCUUAAAAAGAAGUUACAGGUCGGAGAGCAGAAACCUGCUCGUAGUAGCGACCAAAUACUUAAUUUCCACCAUAGAAUUGCAAUAAAUUCAUUUAACAUCUACAAUGUGGGUUUCGGAUUUUUUCAUCUCAAUUUGUAGUCAUAGUUGAAGUUGUGACCUAUGAUAGAAAAUGACGGCCUCAAUUUUAGGUGGGAGAACUUGCACAAUGGUGGCUGGACUAAAUACUUUUUUCCGCCCACUGACAUAUACAUACAGUAGAUAGCAACAACGGCAUACCAUAAUACAUCAUAAUGCAGCCAGGCACACACAAAAACCAUAACACAACCCCCAAUUUAAACCGUGCACGCAAGAGUCCCCCUGUCAACCAGCGUUUCGGCCCGUGCCUAAGGUUGAAUGACUGGGGCCCAGGAGGUGGACAGACAUCGUCUGAAUGGACCAAUAGCUUUUGGCAAAACUCCACUCGCCCUGUUUAACAUGGUGAGAAACUGGUGUGUCCUGUCUGAAACUGAACUCCUUUUAUUGGUGAAAAAACUGUGUGUGCCCUGUCUGAACGAACUCCUUACAUGGUGAGAAAACGGGUUGUGCCCUCUGAACUGAACUCGUUUAACAUGGUGAGAACUGGGUGUCUGGCUGAAUGAUCCGUGAGCGUUGCUAAACCCUCCUGCUCAGUAAGCAUUGAAGAGUCUGUAUGGUAGUUCUUCAUUCAUGAACGCACCAGUUAGCAUGGUGAAUUAGAGUCUGUAGUGAUCUCAGGUCUGGUUUGCUAGCUCCCCGUACGCAUAUAAACUUUGGCGGGAGUAAUCCUAUUCCGCCCAUCUUCGGGUUGAAUUUCCUUAGAGCUGCCAAACCUUCGCAGUUGUCAAUACUGGUCAUCGUCGACUAUGAUCUUGUCAUGCAACAGGGUUGUCCUUUAGUUUGCGUCUUUUCUUUAUCAUACAUAUUCACAUAAUCAUGCAUUAUACUUAAAAUCUAAUUGUUUUCUCGAUCUUCUGUUUUAUCCCUCUCCUUAAUUCCCUCUAAGCAUUGAAUAAAUCUACAGUUUGAGUAUUUGAGGAACUUCCUAAUCUGUAUCAUUUGAUUACCCCCAUGUGUGAACUCAUAGAGCAUAUGUAGAUAGAUUGACAAAUGCAUAGUACAUAAUACUACAUACAUACAUACAUACAUACAUACAUACAUACAUACAUACAUAAUGCAGAGGCACACACACACACACUCCCAUAACACACACCCCCAUAACACAGACACACACACAUAGAGUACCUAGUGUGAACCAGUGUUCUGUGUGUCCAGAUGCCUAAAGGUUCAGAUGACUCGUGGGCCCAGAAGCUGUACAACACCCAUCUGAAGACCUGCUCUCUGUUUGAGAAACCUCGCAUGUCCAACAAAGCCUUCAUCAUACAACACUUCGCUGACAAGGUGCUGAUCACUGUGUGUUAUGUGUGUGCAGUGUUGACGUCUUGGCUGACCCAGUACUGCUGAGUUCUGUUUUAGUAUCAGUGUCCGGUUACAGAGAGCGGGAAGUGAGCGGGUUCACUCUAUGAAUAAAAUGAAUGCUGUUCUGAUUGAUAAUCUGAGUCCAAGUUGACAGUUCUGUAAAUCACUUUGUAUUAAAGUGUCAGCAAAAUAACCUUAUUUUCUAACUGUUGUGUCCAGGUGCAGUACCAGUGUGAUGGCUUUCUGGAGAAAAACAAGGACACAGUGAAUGAAGAGCAGAUCAAUGUCCUGAAGGCCAGCAAGGUGUGUGUCCCUGCAAAACACACACACAAAUACAAACACGCACACCGCACAUUCAACUGGUAACACACACACACACGAUCGAUGACUUUCUCACUAGUGUGUGUGUUUGACAGUCUCUGUGUUGUCUCACUGAAUGACCUCCGACAGGGAACCCAGUGAAGGUCAGGAGAAACAGCACCCUCUGCUGUCCAUGUGGUGUAAUGAUGAUAUGUACACAAUGGGAGACAUUUUCCGCCAAAUAGGCCUUGCAGUGUGUGUGUCUGUGUAAGUGUGGGCGUGUGUGUGUGUGUGUAUAAAGAUUCACUCUGCCCGUUGUUCUGUUGUAGAGGCCAGCAGCAGCAGAGCGGGGUAAGGGUUAAAACACUCCUUUAACCCCCUAACACAUUAAACACACACAAGGUUUAACUACACUGGAACAAUCAGCCAUGGCAAUACUGUGUGUGUAUGUGCUUGUGCGUGUAAUUGUGUGUGUGUGUGUGUGUGUGUUGUCAUGGAAACCAGCUUGACUAACCAGUAAUGGUGUAGACGUGAUAAUGACUCUUUAAUUAGAAAUCUAGCAGUUCAACCCAUCAUCAUGGUGUUCGAGAGAAAGAGAGAGGUUCUGUGUGUGUUUAUGUCUACAAGAAACACACAUUCCUUCUGCCUACCAUCAGCAAAGAGAUGGCUCAGUCAUGUGUUAUGCUGUCUGAGCCGACAGACAUAGUGCCACGUCUAUGGUCUGAUGCCAUGUUUGAAUGGUGUGUUGUCAUUACAAACAGCCUUCGGCAGUAGACACCAUGACACCUACCCUGUCUGAUCUGAUGGCCCUUUUUGUUUGGAUUCAUAGUUUUAUAUGAAUAUACUUUUAAUGUGUUUUAGAUGUGUAUACUGCAAUGAUUUGGAUUUCCUUGGUUUCUUUCAUUUUUGGUUAAUCUUUAUUUUGUUGUUGUGUUGUUUGUUGUUGUUGUUUACAUCUGUUGUCCAUGUGUGUCUGUCCCAUCAUGACAACAACCCUUAAACAGCUAAAGGUAAACAUGCUGCUGCCCCAUUUACCUCUCUUUCUGUCUCAACCUUUUGUUAGUUCUUUCUUUCUAUCCUUGCAUCGUCUCUUUCUCCCUGACUCUCUAACCCACACCAUUCAUUCUUCGUCACUGUGGUCUCACAAUAGUUCUAAUGGCACUUAAGUGUGUGGGGUGUAGGGGGUGAGGCUGCAUGGGCGCUGCAGCACUGGAGACUAUCUCUCGGGGGGGGGGGGGGGGGGGGGGGGGGGCUUAAUGGAGCUGAAGCAGUGUUUACCGAACUCGGUCCUGGGGACCCCAAGGUGUGCACAUUUUGGUUUUUGCCCUAGUGCUACACAGCUGAAUCAAAUAAUAAACUCACCAUCAAGCUGAUUUGAAUCAGCUGUGUAGUGCCUGGGUCAAAAAUCUAAAUGUGCACCCCGUGGGUUCACCAGGACCGAGUCUGGGAAACCCUGCCGAAUAGAAGCAGCAUAGCAGCAUUCUACACACACACACAAGAACACAGCUGGAGGACUGAACCCCUUUUGAAAGGCUGCACUGUGGCCCCCUCCCCAUUUACAACUUAACCAACAGAGAACACACUAACCAAUCGCUUUCUCCUCGAACCAUAACAUUCUUUGUUGUCAUUUUAGAUUGUUAGAUAUAAAGGAUUGCAUGAAUAAGCUGAUGAUAACAAUUCCAUAGACUUGUCUGUUAUACUAUAGACCUUAUUAUACUUAUCAUGUAAUGUUUAGAUGCCGCUGCUCAGCAUCAUCUCAUUCCUUAUCAAGGGCUUUUAUUGGUCCACAUUGUUAUUGGUCCAAAAAACUAAAAAGAUGUAUUAAUUAGACUACACACAUUUUCUGUCCAGAGUUUCCUGUUGUCUUGUUGUACCAUUCUGUUAAUAGCCAGUCUGUCUGCAGCUUUAGCCACAAACAUUAUUAGCACUGUUACCUAGCCUAGCCUAGCCACCACCCACAUAUACCUAUGGCUAACUGUUAGCUUAACAAGUUUGUGACGUAACUGUCUGUUGGCUGCUGCUACCUUUAUUUAUACAGGUAAGUCAAUUAAGAACAGUGUCUUAUUUGCAAUGACGAGGCAUGUUUGUGUGUGUACACAUGUUUGGGUGCGGUUGCGUGCCUGUGUGCAUGCUUGUGUGUGUGUGUGUGUGUGUGUGUGUGUAGUUGGACCUGCUAGUGGAGCUGUUUCAGGAUGAGGAGAAGGCGACCAGUCCGACAGGGACCGCUCCAGGAGGUAGAACACGACUCAGCGUCAAACCAAAAGAGAUCAGACCUGGAGCAAGCAGCAAGGAGCACAAGAAGACUGUUGGCUGCCAGGUAGACUGCAUCAUAGAGACAGUCGCAUGCAUGCACACACACACAGUGGUGGAAAAAGGACCCAAUUGUCAUACUUGAGUAAAAGUAAAGAUACAUUAAUAGAAAAUGACUCAAGUAAAAGUGAAAGUCACCCAGUAAAAUACUACUAGAGUAAAAGUCUAAAAGUAUUUGGUUUUAAAUAUACUUAAGUAUCAAAGUAAAUGUAAUUGAUAAAAUGUACUUAAGUAUCAAAAGUAAAAGUAUGAAUUAUUUCAAACCAGACGGCACCAUUUUCUAGUUUUUUUUUAAUGUACAGAUAGCCAGGGGCACACUCCAACACUCAGACAUAAUUUACAAACAAAGUAUUUGUGUUUAGUGAGUCCGCCAGAUCAGAGGCAGUAGAUGACCAGGGAUGUUCUCUUGAUAAGUGCGUGAAUUUGAGAAUUUUCCUGUCCUGCUAAGCAUUCAAAAUGUAACGAGUACUUUUAGGUGUCAGUGAAAAUGUAUGGAGGAAAAAGUGCAUUAUUUUCUUUAGGAAUGUAGUGAAGUAAAAGUUGUCAAAAAUAAAAAUAGUAAAGUACAGAUACCAAAAAAAACUACUUAAGUAGUACUUGAAAGUAUUUUUACUUAAGUAUUUUACACCACUGCACACACACACACACACACACACCCCUACAGGCACUCAGACCAGCAUUGUGACUUGCCAACCAGAGUCAGAAUAGCUGAAAUGUAAAAAUGAAGCACUUUAAUAAUCUCCUGUCUUUACUCUUUCUCCUCCUUCUCUGUCCGCUUCUCCCUCUCUCCUCUCCUCUCCUCUCCUCUCCUCUCCUCUCCUCUCCUCUCCUCUCCUCUCCCUCCUCUCCUCUCCUCUCCUCUCCUCUCCCCUCCUCUCCUCUCCUCUCCUCUCCUCUCCUCUCCUCUUGUAGUUCCGUAACUCUCUGGCUAUGUUGAUGGAGACUCUGAAUGCGACCACUCCUCACUAUGUUCGCUGCAUCAAGCCCAAUGACCUCAAGUUCCCCUUCACGUAAGUGUCUGCAUACUAAUCUCUGGUUAAAUUGCCAUAGUACCAUCUGACUUGGCAAGAUAACGUUAGGUGAAUGUAAUUGUGAUGUUAUGAGGCUGAAUGGUUCUCUCCAAGUUUGGCUGGUAUGGUUUGAUUAACUAUGUGAAUGUUGUCUUUAGGUUUGACCCUAACAUUAGUGAAAUGUUGUCUUUAAGUUUGACCCUAAUGUUAGGUGUACGUUGUCUUUAGGUUGACCCUUAGGUUGAGCUGAAUGUUGUGUGUGGGUCUGACCCUAACGUUAGGUGAAUUUUGUCUUUAGGUUUGACCCUAAGCGAGCGGUGCAGCAGCUCCGAGCCUGUGGUGUUCUGGAAACCAUCCGCAUCUCAGCCGCAGGCUUCCCAUCCAGGUGGACCUACCAGGAGUUCUUCAGUCGUUACCGGGUUCUGAUGAAGCAGAAGGACGUCCUGUCGGACAGGAGGCUGACCUGUAGGAACGUCCUGGAGAAACUAGUGCAGGUACGAGGGUCAGGGGUUUGAGAUCCACUACAUUGCAAUCAGACUGCGUAGAAUCAAAGAUCUACAAAUCAUCUUACAUCCCAACUAUUUAUGUCAGGGAUGGUCAACUCCAGUCCUCGGAGGCCGGAGUGGUGACACACUUUUUCUCCCAUCCCUAGUAAACACAGCUCAUUAAACUAAUUGCAUGAUUAGUUGAUUACUGUGGUCAAAAUGAGCAAUUCUGGACCUCACCUUGCUGAAACUGAUCCUCUAAAACACGUGGUGUGUCUCUUUCCCACCCAUCUCUCUCUCCUCUCUCCUCUCUCUCUCUAGGACCAGGAUAAGUACCAGUUUGGUAAGACUAAGAUCUUCUUCAGGGCUGGUCAGGUUGCCUACCUGGAGAAGCUGAGGGCUGAUAAGCUGAGAAAGGCAUGCGUCCGCAUCCAGAAGACCAUCCGCUGCUGGCUGGUACGCAAGAAGUACCUCCGCAAGAAGCAUGCCGCCAUCACCAUCCAGAGAUACACCCGCGGACACCAGGCCCGCUGGUCAGUGGAGCACACACCUGUCACUCAACACCCUCUGGACAAUCACAAUGCAGAUAAAAGCAGUUUAGACUGUGUGACUUCCUGAAAAGGAGCCAAUCAGAAUUGUCUGAUGUAUUGUAGGAAGUGGUAACAUUUUACAAAUAUUUAUUUGUGAUUUGAUUGAUUGAUUUGUUAAUCCGAUCAGUUGGAGGUUAUUGGUGGGUAAAUUAUAGUAAUUCAACAGCAUGUUUCACCACUUACCCUAACUACGCUCUCUCUCUCUCCCCUGCCUCCUCUGACCCCCUUCUCUCUCUCUCUCCCCUCCUCUGCUCCCCUUCCCCCGGCUUUCUUCUCUCUCUCUCCCCUGCCUCCUUGCACUCCCUGUCCUCGUCCCCUUCUCUCUCUCUCCGCCCUCUCUGCUUCCCUUUCUCCUCUCUCUCCCCCUGCCUCCUCUGUCCCCCUUUCCUCUCCUUCCCCCCUCCCCUGUCCACCUCUUCCUCUCUCUUCCCCUUCCUCUGUCCCCCUUCUCUCUCUCUCCCUGCCUCCUCUGUCACUCCCUUCCCUUCUCUUCUCCCCUCUCUCUCCGCCUCCUCUGUCCUCUCUCUCUCUCCCCAUGCCCUCCUCUGUCCCCCUUCUCUCUCUCUCCUGCUCCUCGUCCUCCCUUCUCUCUCUCUCCCUCCGCUCCUCUGUCCCCUUCUUCUCUCUCUCUCUCCUCUCUCUGCUCCCUUUCCGUCUUCUCUCUCCUCGCUCAUCUGGUCCCCUUCUCUCUCCUCCCCUGCCUCCUCUGUCCCCCCUUCUACUCUCUCUUCCUCUCUCCUGCCCCUGUCCCCUCUCUCUCUCUCCCUGCCUCCUCUCUCCCCCUCUCUCUUCCCCUGCCUCCUCUGUCCCCUUCUCUCUCUCUCCCCCGGCCUCCUCUGUCCCCCUUCUCUCUCUCUCUUCCCCUGCCUCCUCUGUCCCCCUUCUCUCUCUCUUCUCUCCCCCUGCCUCCUCUGUCCCCCUUCUCUCUCUCUCUCCCCUGCCUCCUCUGUCCCCCUUCUCUCUCUCUCUCCCCUGCCUCCUCUGUCCACCUUCCCUCUCUCUCUCUCUCCCCUUGCCUCCUCUGUCCAUCUUCCCUUUCUCGCUCUCACUCUCCUCUGUCUCCUUCUCUCUCUCCCCUGUCUCCCCCUCCCCUCUCUCACUCCUCCCCUGCCUCCCCUCUCCUCCCUUCUCCCUCUCCCCCCUGCCUCUUCCUCUCUCCCCCCCCCUUGUCGUCUCCCCCCUCCCUCCUCUCUCUCUCUCUCUCUUCUCGUCUCAUCUCCUCUCUCUCUCUCCUGCCGCCUCUGUCCGCCUCCCCUCUCUCCUCCUCCUCUGUCCCCCUCCCCUCUCUCACUCUCUCCCCUGCCUCCCCUCUUUCUCUCUCCUCCCCCAGUCUGGUUAAGUACAUGCGUCAGACCCUGGCAGCCAUCACCAUCCAGAAGUUCCAGAGGAUGUGUGUCCAGAGGAAACUGUACCUCCAGAAGCAGGCUGCUGCCCUGGUCAUGCAGACUAUCCUCAGAGCAUACAUGGCCCGACAGAAAUACCAAGGGGUGAGAGACGCAUACACUAUAUACACACACACACUACAUACACUACACACACACACACACGUUAUGUUCUUCUAUCCUCGUGGGGACCUAACAUUUAUUUCCAUUAAAAAUUAUAUUUUCCCUUACCAUAACCCUAAUCUUAACUUUAACCCUAAACCUAACUCCUAACCCUAAACCUAACCACUAGCCCCUUACCCUAACGCUAAUUGUAACCCUAACCCUAAUUGUAACCCUAAACCAAACCCCUAAGCUUAAAAUAGCCUUUUUCCUUGUUUUACUAUCUUUGUGGGGGGAUAUUUUGUGAUUUUAGGUCCCCACAAGGAUAGAAGAACCAACUCACACAUACACACUCCUAGCACUGCCAGCUAAUAACGCAGCCCUCCUGCAUGUCUGUCAGCAGUGUGGUUUAUAAAUAACUCCAGUGCAACGUUGGAUGGACGUGAGUCACCAGUCACCCUCAUACCUGGACCACUCCCAGGGAGCUAGGGAGAGAACUCAGCUGGUGUCUCUCUGGUCACUGGGAGAGAACUCAGCUGGUGUCUCUCUGGUCACUGGGAGCUAGGGAGAGAUCUAGGCUGGUGUCUUUAUGGUUACUGGGAACUAGGGAGAGAACUAGGCUGGUGUCUCUCUGGUCACUGGGAGCUAGGGAGAGAACUAGGCUGGUGUCUCUCUGGUCACUGGGAGCUAGGGAGAGAACUAGGCUGGUGUCUCUCUGGUCACUGGGAGCUAGGGAGAGAACUAGGCUGGGGUCUCUCUGGUCACUGGGAGCUAGGGAGAGAACUAGGCUGGUGUCUCUCUGGUCACUGGGGCCAUGUUAGGGUCAGGUGACAUGGCAGUAGUUAGGGACUGUCCCACUGACUGACACACACAGCUGACCUCUUUAACAUAACCCUGCUAGGAUACCACUUUCUAUUGCUCUCUCUGUCUUUCUAUCAACACUCUGUCUCUAUCUUUCUGUGCAUCUGUAUAUGUCUCUCUCUCUGCCGCUCUCUCACUCUCUGCCUCUCUUUCUCUGUCUCUGUCAUCACUCGUCUGUUAUGUUAGGUAGAAAGUAGAUAGAUCUCCUGUUGUUGUGAAUUAACAGCAAGAUGAAGCCCAGGAGACCAAUAAGAGUUCAGCAACACCAGAACGCUCACAUUACAUUCACAGGAACUAACUCUCUCUUUCUCCCUCUCUCUCCACAGUUGCUGCGUAACCACAAAGCUGUGAUCAUCCAGAAACACGUGCGUGGCUGGCUGGCCAGACAGCGGUACAAGCGCUCCCUGCGAGCCAUCGUCUAUCUGCAGUGCUGCAUCAGGAGGAUGAAGGCCAAGAAAGAGCUGAAGAAGCUGAAAAUCGAGGCCCGCUCCGUUGAACACUUCAAGAAGCUUAACGUCGGCAUGGAGAACAAGAUCAUGCAGCUGCAGAGGAAGUUAGACGAACAGGUGAGGCUCUGUGGAAACCAGGCGGACAUUUUUGAUCUUUUUGCAGCUGGAAGUAGCCACCCUAAUAACAAACUCUCCUCCAAGAGUGACUGCUCAAAAAGAAUAGAAUAUGCAUCUUCACACAUUACAUUAAAAUGGACUAACCCUACCUCUCUCUCUCUCCUUCCCCUCAUCCUCUCCCUCCCCCCAGGCUAAAGACAACCGUGUGACUAGCGAGCGGCUGAACUGUCUGGAGACAUCCCACGCGGUGGAGAGUGAGAAGCUGAAGGUGGAGGUGUCUAAGCUGAAGGGGAUAGAAGAGGAAGCCAAGAAAAACGCCAACCGUGUCACUUCCCUUCUGGAGGAGCUGGAGAAGCUGAGGAAGGAGCUGACCACCACCCAGAAAGAGAAGAAGACCAUAGAGGACUGGGCUACCAAGUACAGGGAUGAGAUGGAAAAGGUGAGGGGUGAGGAGGGGGUUAGGGAGAGGGUGAGGUGGGGUGAGGAGGGGGUUAGGGAGAGGGUGAGGUGGGGUGAGGAGGGGGUUAGGGAGAGGGUGAGGUGGGGUGAGGGAGGGGGUUAGGGAGAGGGGGGGUGGGGGGGGGGGAGGGGGGGGGGGGGGAGGAGGGUGAGGGAGAGGUGGGGGGGGGGGCGAGGGAGGGGGAGGGAGGGGUGGGGAGGGGGGUGAGGAGGGUGAGGGAGAGGGGGGGGGGGGUGAGGAGGGGGUAGGGAGAGGGGUGAGGGGGUGAGGGGGGGUGUAGGGGGAGAGGGUGAGGUGGGGUGAGGAGGGGGUUAGGGAGAGGGUGAGGUGGGGUGAGGAGGGUGGUGGGAUAGAACAUUUCUCACCUACUCAAGUCAUCUCUUCAUCUUCUCUCCUCCAGUCACUUCUCAGAUAUAUUUAAGUGAAAUGGCUCCCUUUCAUACAUAUUCCCCAUAGUGGCCCUAUAGAAAUGUGACAAGUUUGUAUAAGAAUGUGUAAAGAUGUUUUUGCCAGAGGAUACAGUGUUUGUGUCGUGGUUCAAUGGUUUAGGACCCAGGGGAAUCUACUGCAGACUGGGUACAUGGCGGGCUGGGAGGCCAUUGCCUUGGUGCAGGUGAGACAGGUAGACUAGUGUAGUGUGGGUGUGUAGUCGAGAGCAGGUAGACUAGUGCUAGCUGUGCAGUACAGUAGAGCAGUCCUCCAGAAGCCCAGGGAAAUCAACUCAUCCCCAAUGUCCCUAGGGUCCAGACCUGGGUCAAAUACUGAAGAUGCACUUGAUUUGUCUCACCUUGUACACUGGAACCAAUGGAAAUGUUCUCAAACUCCACCCACUCUGCACAUUGGUCCAGCUAAUCAAGUGCAUCUUUAAGUAUUUGAAACUAUUUGACCCAGAUCUGCUAGUAUUCUCAAAUUGAUGGAUUACUGACCAAUAGGCUGUGGUAGACUUGAUUUAAGUAUGUUCUCUUUUGUGUGUAGAUGGUAGCAGAGCUGAAGGAGCAGAAUGGUCUGCUGAAGACCGAGAAAGACGACCUGAACCGAAUGAUCAAAGAACAGAGCCAGCAGAUGACAGGUACCAACCAAUCACUGUUACUAGCUUUAGACCAAUCACAUUCACUGUUACUAGCUUUAGAACAAUCACAUUCACUGUUACUAUCUUUAGACCUAUCACAUUCCGUGUUAAUACUUUUAGACCAAUCACAUUCAUUGUUGAAGUUCCAUACAGAGAAUUUAUGAUAUGUUCCCCACGCAUGCUGAAAAUGUCUUCUUUCUCCUCUCUCUCCCCCCUCUCCCUCUUUCCCUUCUUCUCUCUGUCCUCUGUCCUCCCCCUCUCCCCCCUACCCCCUUUCAAUCUCCCUCCCUCCCCGUCUCACCCUCCUCCCCCUCUCAGAGAAAAUGGCUCGUGCAUUAGCGGAGGAGACUCAGCAGUUGGAGAGCGAUCUGAACGAGGAGAGGUCUCGCUACCAGAACCUCCUAACAGAACACCUGAGACUGGAGGAACGCUACGACGACCUCAAGGAAGAAAUCACACUCUCUGUGGUAGGAGGCACACGUAUAGCAUGUCAACAUUUUCACACUCACUGGACUGAACCAUACCACACAUACUUACACACUUACAGACACGCCACACCACCCCACCAUGCUACACACACACACACAACACAAACACACUGCACCACACCACAAACACACACAUACACACUAACGUCCCCUUGCCCCUCCUUUCUUUAGAGUGUGCCCAAGCCCGGCCACAGGAGAACAGACUCCACCCACAGCAGCAACGGAUCAGAGUGCACCUACAACUCCGAGUUCGCCGAAUCAGAAGAAAGCUCCCGACAUGGAGAAGUGAGUGGGGUGGGACUUAGACAGGAACAUCCUCUAACCAUUAGAAAAUGUUACAAAAACCUGUUUAUGUUGCUUCAAACUGUUCUGUAGUUAUUUUAACAGUUAUUACAACUACAACCCUGCAGAAUUGGUAAUCAUACAGUAAAAAACGUUCUGUAACAUUUUAGUGUUGACAGCUAAUGUCUUUAAUGCCCUGAUGAUGCCCCGAAGCUCUGCCUGUCAGUGUCCUUCCUGUCUCUGACCUCACUUCCUGUUGUGACAGGAUGUGACCCGGGGCAUGGACACGUCUCUGACUCUGAAGCUGCAGAAGCGCGUGACGGAGCUGGAGCAGGAGAAAUCCUCUCUCCGCAACGAGCUCGAGAACAAGGAGGAGCAGUUCCAGCGGGCUAGAGUCAGGGUACAGCGACAGUACUACACAAUAUUACUACAAUACUAUGCAGUAUUACUGUAUUACAACCACAUUCUUACUUACUUUACUGUCGGACCGCUCUUUCUGUCUCUCUGUCUGUGUGUCAGGAUGAUGAGGAGCAUAGGAAAUCUCGUGGAGCAGAACUGGAGUACGAGUCGCUCAAGGUAUUGUAUUGGAAUCCGAAUAGAUAUCCAAUCUACUCAUCUACUCUAGUGGGUAGUGGGUGGGGGCUAGGACUUAGGGCCUAGGGCAGUGGUGGGCAACAGCUCGUGGCUCAAGGGCCCCGGGGCCUGCCAGUUGCCCAUCACGGGGCUAGGGGUUGAUUUGGGACUGUAUUAGCAGGGUGAGUGUGCUGUGUACAUAGAGAUAGAUAGAGAUCUCUAGAUGAUAUAACCCAUUUUAGCAUUGACAUUGCCAUCUCUAUGGGUGUGUAUUAAUUCUCUGCCUGCCGCCGGCGGCAUCCAUCUUUAUUUCACAGCGCCAGGAGCUGGAUUCGGAGAACAAGAAGCUGAAGCACGACUUGACCGCCAUGAGGCAGAGCCUGCUGGGUAAUGCAGGCGCUGGGGCAGGUGCACCAGGAAGUCCACCUUACAAAGUUCUCAUGGACCAACUGAACUCCUCCUGUGAGGAGCUGGAGGUGCGGAAAGAGGAGGUGCUGAUUCUACGAUCCCAACUGGUCUCUCAGAAGGAGGCCAUGCAGCACAAGGUAGGAGACAUGGAGGGAUCCAUACACACACACACGCAUAUACACAGACACGUGUAAACACACACACUGACACAUGCACAGACACGCAUAUAUACACACAGACCUGCAGAGAUACACACACACACACACACACACACACACACACACACACACACACAAACCCUUUCAUGUCUGUCCACUGCACUAACAAUGCUUCUAACACUCCAGUCUCUUCUCUCUUCUGUUCUACUGUCUCUCUCUCCUCCCAUGUCUUCCUAAAGGAUGAGAAGGUACUAGAACUCCCCUGCUGACUGCAUGCUCUGGGAAUGACUAGCUUAAACACACACACACACGUGCCACUGAUUAUUUGCAUGUAACCCCACCGUAUGUAUAGUCUUUAGGUUCACAAUACUGGAUGGGUCAAGAUUAAAGUGGAAUAAUAGUGUCAUACUGUCUGCUCUGUUCUCUGACUCUCUGUUUUCUGUCUUAUCUACAUGACUGAUGGUUCUUUUUCUCUCACUCUUUCUCUGUCUCUCUCUCUCAUCCCCCUCCAUGUCAUCCCUCUCUCAAGGAGACAAUGACAGAGCCAGUGCACUAUGUAGAGGAUGUCCAUAAGAUGAAGGACUCUGGUGCAAUCACUCAGGCUUAUCUAGGACUCAAAGAGACCAACAGGUACAUCUCUCUCUUUCCCUCUCUCGCUUUCCCUCCCCCUCUAUCUCCUUCUCUCUGUCACCCUCUUUACCUUUCUCUCCCCCUUUCCCUUCCUCCCCCCCAGAGUGCCACGGAGGACUCAUUACAGUACAAACUCUCCACCAGUAUGUGUGACGUACUCCAUGAGUACACUUGGUGUGUGUGUGUGAUCUGUAUGUGUGACGUACUCCAUGAGUACACUUGGUGUGUGUGUGUGAUCUGUAUGUGUGACGUACUCCAUGAGUACACUUGGUGUGUGUGAUCUGUAUGUGUUUGAGAACUGUGUAUGUGUGAACUACUCUCUCUGUUUUGCGCAGAUCUCCCAGGUUCUUGCGUAAACCACUAGAAGCCAAUGAGCUCCUUAAUCGGCUCAGGUAACCAAUCAGAUGUGGCCUUUGCAUCAUGAGGCGGAGCAUGCAUGGCCACGCUGACCAAUGGGGAUUGAGCAAGACUGAGUGGAGGCUUUUUAUUGGAUAGGCUAAUACAGUUGAUGAUGGCUGGCUGAUAUUGAAUGCUAUAUUAAUGCUAUAUUAUGUAGGUGAUUAAACUAAGCUAGGUUUGCUUCAGUAGCAGUGGGUCUGCUUAUUUUGCACGCCAGGCGAUGCCUAACCUGUACUGUACUGUAAGCGGCAAAGGCGGCGUAAGCCGGCCUACUAACUAGUAUGAUGAUGACGCUAAGCUAGGUUAGCCUCCGUAGCAUUGGUCAUCGAACUAGCAUGGAGAUUAAGCAUAGCUAGGUUAGCCUACAUAGCAUUGGUCAUCUAACUAGCAUGUUGAGGCUAUGCUAGGUUAGCCUCCGUAUGGGUUUAGGGUUAGGCAUGAAUGAUGCACAGACUCUAAAUUACUAAUCAGCUCUAUGAAAUGUCUUCUUCUGCAUGGAACCAAACCUGCAUCUUUACCAACCAUGUGUUUCCCUGUGUUGUGUUGUGUUACUUAGUUCCAUCAUGUUGCUACCACCCUAUGUGUUAAGUUGCAUUAAGAAUCCUUGUCAUUUCAGAUUUUGUUAAUUUUGCUUGUUCUGAACCAGGGGUUGGAACCAAUAUUAUUUUCCAAUCGUUUUGUUCUGAACAGAACCAUAAAUUUUUUGUUUCCGUUCCACUGUUCCGACCAGAAGAAAAACGUUUUGAACCGGUUCGAACCCAACAAAAAGUGUCGGUUUAAAUCGUUCCUUUCUGUUCCUUUUUAAACCUCUGAAAUUGACAUUUUUACAGUUAGCUCGACAUUAAAUGACUUCACCAAUCAGUGAGGAUACAGCAGCUUGCUAUGGAGCGGACAAGCUAUUUUCAUGCGUUGGACAGACGAGUGUAGGGUGUUGGAUGCGACUGAAAUGUUGCGGGUGGGGAGAGAAUGAGAGAGGCUGGAGGAGGCUUGAAACACAUCUGGGCAUCUUGUUGUUAUGACAUGCAUCAUCUGAAUUAGGCCCACAGAAUUAUACCUUCGGAAGAGCGGCUUAUAUGAAGGAACUCUGAAUGUCUUUGAACUUCGGAAAGUUGUCUUAACGUUGGAUCAGCUAGCUAGCUAACAAGCUUGUUUGUGCAGAGCGGCACCAGAAUUAAAAUCAAAACACGUCUUACCUUUUUGUAGUUAAUAAAUCCAAUGUGAAACAUGAUAACUAUAGUGUCCUUAACUAGCAUUGAAAAGGUUAAUCCAUUCUUCUCUAAUAAAACAAUUCUGAAUCAGGCGUGUAACGUCAGUAGGCUAGUAGACUACGCUUCUGAGGGGCAGGUAGCACCACACAGGCAGACACUGGAAUACGUUUCUGAGUGACAGAGUGUGAGGGCUUUGCAUAUGCGCUUUGUUGUAUGAAAAAUGUAUGCACUCACUAACUGUAAGUCGCUCUGGAUAAGAGCGUCUGCUAAAUGACUAAAAUGUCAAAUGUAAAUGUUGCGCUUUUUGUUCGGACUGGAAAAAAAUGCAUGGAAAGUAAAAUAACGUUAUUAACCGGUUCCAUGCUUUUAAAAUAACGGUUCUGUUCCGGAACAGUAUAGAUCACUUUUGUUCUGAUUCUGUUCCUUGAAAAAUGUAUUUAUUUUUCGGUUUUCCGUUCUGUUCCCUGAACCGGUUCCAACCCCUGUUCUAAACACACAUUUAUUCAGUAUACUAAGCAGAACAAGCUGACACACACACACACACACACACACACACACACACACACACACACAACACACACACACACACACACAAGACACCCAUCUUCAUGUAAUGACUGCCCACACACCCACAAGCACACCACCCCACACCACCCACCCCCCACCUCACAGUCCACCACACACACCAUCUUCACAACCCCACCACCCCACCCUCCCCUAGUCCCACCCCACCCACCUACCCCCCCCACCCACUCUACCCCACCCCCACCACCACACCACCUCCUCUAGUCCACCACCACCCCCACCUCCCUAGUCACCACCACCCCCCAUCCCCACACCUCCUCUAGUCCACCACCACCCCACCUCCUCUAGUCCACCACCACCCACCCCUAGUCCACCACCCCCCCACUCCUCCCUGUCCACCACCACCCACCUCCUCUAGUCCACCACCACCCCACCUCCCUAUCAGUCCACCACCCCCACCUCCCCUAGUCCACCACCCCCACCCCCCUAGUCCCCACACCACCCACCCCCUCAGUCCACCCCACCCACCACCCCCCCUCUAGUCCCACCACCCACCCCCACCCCCUAGUCCACACCACCCCCCUCCCUAUCCACCACCACCCCCCAUCCCCUAGUCCACCACCACCCCACCUCCCUCUAGUCCACCACCACCCCACCUCCCCUAGUCCACACACCACCCCCCCCCACCCCCUCUAGUCCACCACCACCCCCCACCUCCUCUAGUCCACCACCACCACCACCACCCCCCCUAGUCCCACCACCCACCCCACCUCCCCUAGUCACCACCACCCCACCUCCUCUAGUCCACCCACCCCACCUCCCUAGUCCACCACCCCCCACCUCCCUAGUCCACCACACCCCACCUCCCUAGUCCCCCACCCCACUCUUAGUCACCACCACCCCACUCCCUAGUCCCCACCUAGUCCCCACUCUUAGUCCCACCACCCACCUCCCUUAGUCACCACCACCCCACCUCCCUAGUCACCACCACCCCACUCCUAGUACCCACCACCACCCCACCUCCCUAGUCCACCACCACCCACCUCCCUAGUCCACCACCACCACCUCCCUAGUCACCACCACCAACACACCUCCCUAGUCCACCACACCCCACCCCCUAGUCCACCACCACCCCACCUCCUCAUCACCACCCACCAACCCCCCUCCCUAGUCCACCCACCACCCCACCUCCCCCCCCACCCCUCCUCACCACCACCACCUCCCCUAGUCCACCACCACCCCACCUCCCUAGUCCACCCCACCACCACCAUCCCCACCUCCCUCCUAGUCACCACCACCCCACCUCCCUAGUCCACCCACCCACCUCCCCUAGUCCACCACCACCCCACCUCCCCUAGUCCACCACCACCCCACCUCUCUAGUCCACCACCACCCCACCUCCUCUAGUCCACCACCACCCCACCUCCCUAGUCCACCACCACCCCACCUCCCCUAGUCCACCACCACCCACCUCCUUAGUCCACCACACCCCACCUCCCUAGUCCACCACACCACCUCAGCACCACCCACUCCUUAGUCCACCACCACCCCACCUCCCUAGUCCCACCACCACCCACACCCCCUAGUCCACACCACCCCUCUUGUCACCUCCCGUAAUCCCAGUCCACACACCCCACUCCUCUAGUCCACCACCACCCCACCUCUCUAGUCCACCACCACCCACCCACUCCUAGCCACCACCACCCACCUCCCCUAGUCCCCACCACCCACCUCCCUAGUCCACCACCACCCCACUCCCUAGUCCACCACACCCCACCUCCUAGUCCACCACACCCACCUCUUAGUCCCACCACCCCACCUCCCUGUCCACCACACCCACCUCCUAGUCACACCACCCAUCCCUAGUCACACACCCCACCUCCUUAGUCCCCCACCACCCCCUCCCAGCCACCACCACCCCACCUCCCUAGUCCACCACCACCCACCUCCUAGUCCACCACACCCACUCCUCAGUACACCACCCAUCCUGUCCACCACCACCCCACCUCCUCUAGUUCCCACACACCGACCUCCCCUAGCAACCACACCUCCCAGUCCACACACCACCUCUAGUUCCACACACCACCAGUCCACCACCACCACCUCCCCUAGUACCACCACCCACCUCCCUACCACACACCCACCCCUCUAGUCCACCACCACCCUCUCUAGUCCACACACAUCCACCUCUUAUCCCCUACCACCUUCCCUAGUCCACCACACACCUCUCUGUCCAACCCACGCCCUCGCCUGAGUACAACCCACUUAGUACCCACCACUCCUAGUCACACCCACCAUCCUCUAGUCACCAACCCACUUUAGCCACCCCCACCCCACCCUCAAGCACACACUGCCACACUUCACACCCGACAGCUAACAGCCACACCAACCUUCCCGGUCCUCCUCGUACUUCCCGUGUUUAUGUCCGUUCUCCUGGCUUGACUCGCUCCCACCUACUCUCCUAACACACGAACCUUAGCCUAACAGCCAGAAUACACCACCACAGCCCACCUCUUGAUACGACGCGGCGCGUGGACAAAGCUAGGACACUGUGUCCACACCCUACCAUGUAAGCAUACUCCACCUCCUCAUUCCAACUUCCAUCAGUUACGCACGCCAAGCCCACUCUAGAAGAUUAGCCAUUAGCAAUGAACCGGCUCUUGUACCCGCAGGGUGAUGCAAGUCAAAACGAAUCCUUUAACAACAGCUAGUCCAAACCGGUUUCCAAGCAGCAGUGCUCGGUCAGGAUCACACCCCGAUACCUAUGUACCACCCACCCACCCACCAACCUAGUCCACCACCACCCCACCUCCCCUAGUCCUCCUCUUUAUUUUGCCUUUUUUAUGUUCCCUUUCUUUCCUUUGUUUUUGUGUCAGAUCUCCCACUGCUGACUUCCAUAGGCUGAAUGAGGACGGAGAGCUGUGGCUGGUAUAUGAAGGGUUAAAAGAGACCAACAGGUUAACCGUGUGUGUGUGUGUGUGUGUGUGUGUGUGUGUGUGUGUGUGUGUGGACCAGGGAUGGUGUGGGGCUGUUGACUCUUGCUCCCUCAUCACAUAUUUUCUCCUUCCUGCUUUCCCAACCUCCUAUAGUAGUUCUAAGAAUUCUUCUUCUUCUUCUCUCUCCAUCCCCCCCUCUCAGACUGUUGGAGGGCCAGAUGCAGCAGCAGCGGCGUAGCUAUGACAACGAGGUGGAGGUGUUGCGAGGGGAGUUACAGAGUGUUAAAGAGGAGAAUAACCGUCAACAACAGCUGCUGGCCCAAAACCUGCAGCUUCCACCAGAGGCACGCAUAGAGGCUAGUCUACAGCAUGAGAUCACACGACUCACCAACGAAAACCUGGUACGUUACACACACACACACACACACACACACACACACACACACACACACAGUAUACAGACACAUGUACACACUCAUAUACACACAUACAGACAUGCACUGAGUGUACAAAACAUUAAGGACACCUGCUCUUUCCAUGACCUAGACUGACCAGGUGAAAGCUAUGAUCCCUUAUUGAUCUCACUUGUUAAAUCCACUUCAAUCAGUGUAGAUGAAGGGGAGGAGACAAGUUAAAGAAGGAUUUUUAAGCCUUAAGACAAUUGAGACAUGGAUUGUGUAUGUGUGCCAUUCAGAGGGUGAAUGGGCGAGACAAAACAUUUAAGUGCCUUUGAACGGGGUAUGGUAGUAGGUGCCAGGUGCACUGGUUUGUGUCAAGAACUGCAAUGCUGCUGGGUUUUUCACGCUCAACAGUUUCCCGUGUGUAUCAAGAAUGGUCCACCACCCAAACAUCUAGCCAACUUGAUACAACUGUGGGAAGCAUUGGAGUCAACAUGGGCCAGCAUCCUUGUGGAACACUUUCGAGACCUUGUAGAGUCCAUGCCCCGACAAAUUUAAGGCUGUUCUGAGGGGAAAGGGGGGGGGGUGCAACUCAAUAUUAGGAAGGUGUCCUUAAUGUUUUGUACACUCCCGUGUAUACACACGCUUACAAACAUGCAAACGUGUACACACAUACAGUCACAUGCACACUUAUUUCAAAACACAAAUUGUAUUACUUUUGCAAAAAUGAUUUAAACAUUCAAAUGGUCAGGGAUACAUGAACACACUCACAUACUCAUACAUGAUCACUGGCCCCACCAAAGAAAACCUGGUGCCAUCAACCAGCACUUCCCUUAUUGGUCAGUAGUGGUACUGUGUCCGACACCACCCAGGUGUGUGUCCUGUGAGAACACACUCUGAUGUGUGUGGCUGUCACCUAACAGGAGAUGCUGCUGACUGAGGAUCCAACAGCAUAUCGCAGCGCCAAAGUCAACAUAUUACGACGGAUGGUUGUAUGUAGAGUCUCUAAGGACAUUGUGUGUGUUUCUCUGCACGUGUGUGACCACUAACAGAGUUUGGUGUGUGUUUUUUAUGGAGCUGUGUCAGAUUUCUACUCUAACUCUGCAGCAGUGUGUGUUAACCCAUGGCAGACAAAUCCAGUAGAGCACCUCUUCUCUCUAACUCACAUAGGAGGUCAAUGUGUUAAACCCAGCACCUCUUCUCUCUAAUUCACACAAAAGGUCAAUGUGUUAAACCCAGCACCUCUUCUCUCUAACUCACACAGGAGGUCAAUGUGUUAAACCCAGCACCUCUUCUCUCUAAUUCACACAGGAGGUCAAUGUGUUAAACCCAGCACCUCUUCUCUCUAACUCACACAGGAGGUCAAUGUGUUAAACCCAGCACCUCUUCUCUCUGUUAACACACAGCCAAGCCUUGUUUCAAAUCAGCACCCCGACUCUCUCUAACCCCACAGAGGACCAAAUAAGUACCCCCUAUUUUAAAUCAACCCCCUCUCUUUCUCCAACCCACUGGGUAAUGGAGCCUGUUUUUUGUCUGAACUUUGACCUUUGUCAGCUUCUUGUUUGACCGCUGAUCCCUUCGCUUUGAUAAACUGAUCGAUUUCUGCCGAUCUCACCUCUCUCUCUCUCGCUCUCUCUUAGGACCUCAUGGAACAGCUGGAGAAGCAGGAUAAGACUAUCCGUAAGCUUAAGAAACAGCUGAAGGUGUUCUCUAAGAAGAUUGGAGAAAUGGGAGGUAAGGAAGGAGACGUACCUGACCGUCUGUGUAGAUGGGUGACUGUUGGACCUGAACUUGUGUAUAUCUGACCGUGUGUAUAUGUACCUAAACGUGUGUGUGUGUGUGUGUGUGUGUGUGUGUGUGUGUGUGUGUGUGUGUAGCUGGCCAGGGUGAGACUAUAUCUCCGGGUCAGAUGGUUGAAGAGACGGUCCGUCCAGUGAACAUUCCUCGUCGGGAGAAAGACUUCCAGGGAAUGUUGGAGUACAAGAAGGAGGAUGAGCUGAAACUGGUUAAGAACCUCAUACUGGGUAUGUAACCUCCACUCUGACCUCUAACCCCGACCUCUAACCAUUCUCAAUCUUGCACUCUCUCUUUUAUCCGUCUCUCUCUCUCUCUAUGAGUGUUAGAAAUACGUUUUUCUGUUCAUACAUAGAUACAGGCAUAUAUAUAGAUAAUCCAAUAGUCUAUUGUAACAAUCAAUUAUCUCUAACAGAGUUGAAGCCUCGUGGUGUAGCGGUGAAUCUGAUCCCAGGCCUCCCAGCCUACAUCCUCUUCAUGUGUCUGAGACAUGCUGACUAUGUCAACGAUGACCAGAAGGUCAGGACCCUGCUCACAUCUACCAUCAACAGCAUCAAGAAGAUACUCAAGGUGCGUGUGGGGGGGUGCCUUUGAUAUUGAUCUAUGCUGUGUCCCAAAUGGCAACCUAUUCCCUUUAUAGUGCACUACUUUUGACCAGGGUCCAUAGGGCUCUGGUCAAAAGUAGUGCACUAUAUAGGGAACAGGGUGCCAUUUGGGGUGCACACCCUAUGAUGUCAGUAACACUACAGUAAGUUGCUGUUAAACUUGUGUAGUAACCCUGUAGUUCCACUAGUAACCAUACUGCAUAUCCAUCUCUUCUAAUUGUCCCUCUCCUCUUUAUCCUCUGUCAGAAACGGGGGGAUGACUUUGAGACAGUCUCCUUCUGGCUGUCCAACACCUGCCGCUUCCUACACUGUCUCAAACAGUACAGCGGAGAUGAGGUGAGACAGGACCCAGCACACACACACACACACACACACACACACACACAAAUGCUUACAGACCGAGACGACACACACACACACAAACAAAUGCUAAAACAAAUACACAACCAAAUGCUUACAGACCGAGACACACACACACACACACACACAGUCUCAAACAGUACAGCGGAGAUGAGGUACACCCCAAAACACAGACACACUUUAUUCUUGCGUUGCUCCAACUUGUUUGUGUCUGUUUCUCUCUCUUUCUCCUCCUCCUCUCUGUUCCUGCAGUCGUUUAUGAAGCACAACACUCCUAAGCAGAAUGAUCACUGCCUGUCUAACUUUGACCUGGCUGAGUACCGUCAGGUCCUCAGUGACCUGGCCAUUCAGAUCUACCAGCAGCUCAUCAAAUGCAUGGAGAACAUCCUACAGCCCAUGAUCGGUGAGUAUACCACGCUGUGUGUGUGUGUGUCCUGUGUGUGUAGGAUCACACCACUAACGUGUGUGUGUGUGUGUGUGUGUCUCAGUCUCUGGUAUGUUGGAGCAUGAGACCAUCCAGGGUGUGUCGGGGGUUAAGCCGACCGGUCUGCGUAAACGGACAUCGAGCAUCGCUGACGAGGGAACCUACACACUGGAAUCCAUCUUACGCCAGCUCAGCGCUUUCCACUCCACCAUGUGUCAGCACGGCACCGACCCUGAACUCAUCAAACAGGUGUGUGCACGUGUGUGUGUGCACGCGUGUGUGUGCAUGUGUCUGAUCCUGUGUGUGUGCAUGUGUCUGACCCUGGUGCUUGGUUGUGUUCUGACCCCCAGGUUGUGAAGCAGCAGUUCUACAUCAUUGGAGCUGUGACUCUCAACAAUCUGCUACUGCGGAAAGACAUGUGCUCCUGGAGCAAGGGCAUGCAGAUCAGGUAGGUUCAGAGAGGGUGUAAUGUGUAUUAGUAUGUAUAGACAGACAGUGUCUAAUGUGUGUAUAGUGUGUGUGUGUGUGUGUGUGUAACGUAUAUAAUGUGUUUGUACCAGGUAUAACGUGAGUCAGCUGGAGGAGUGGCUGCGUGACAAGUCUCUGAUGCUGUGUGGAGCCAAGGAGACUCUGGAGCCUCUGAUUCAGGCUGCUCAGCUUCUGCAAGUCAAGAAGAAGACGGACGAAGACGCCGAGGCCAUCUGCUCCAUGUGCAACAGCCUCUCCACAUCUCAGGUAACCAAUCACAGCUCACUAUACUGCUCAUGUACUAAACUAACCAAUUAGAGCCCUUUCUACCGCUCAUGUACUUAACUAGCCAAUAACAGCCCUCUCUACCGCUCAGGUACUAAACUAGCCAAUCACAGCCCUCUACCGCUCAGGUACUGAACUAACCAAUCCCAGCCCUCAGGUACUCAACUGACCAAUCAAGCCCAAUCACUGCGGAGAAUGGGACAGGGGAUCAAAUCAAAUCAAGAAGCCUUUUGGACCUAGACUUGGCGCUCCGGUACCGCUUGCCAUGCGGUAGCAGAGAGAACAGUCUAUGACUAGGGUGACUGGAGUCUUUGACAGUUGAGUUAAUAGUUCAAGGUCAACUAAUGAAGUUUGUAUCUGUCUUUCUGUGUUCCCAGAUUGUGAAGGUGUUGAACCUGUACACUCCAGUCAACGAGUUUGAAGAGAGGGUGUCUGUUACCUUCAUACGAACCAUACAGGUAAGACCCGUCUGUCUGUCUGUCUGUCUGUCUGUCUGUCUGUCUGUCUGUCUGUCUGUCUGUCUGUCUGUCUGUCUGUCUGUCUGUCUGUCUGUCUGUCUGUCUGUCUGUCUGUCUGUCUGUCUGUCUGUCUGUCUGCAUAUAAAUAACUGCAACUAAUGUGUAUAUUCUCUCUCUCCCUCUCCCUCUCCUUCCCUCCCUCUCUGUAUCGCCCUCUCUGUAUCUCCCUCUCUCUCUUUCUGUCUCUAUCUCCCUGUCCUUCCCUCCCUCUCCCUCUCCCUCUCCUUCCCUCCCUCUUUGUAUCUCCCUCUCUGUAUCUCCCUCUCUCUCUUUCUGUCUCUCUCUCCCUGUCCUUCCCUCUCUCUCUCUCUCUCUCUCUCUCUCUCUCUCUCUCUCUCUCUCUGUCAGACUCGUUUGCGGGACCGGUGUGAGACUCCUCAGCUGUUGAUGGACACUAAGAUCAUCUACCCCGUCACCUUCCCUUUCAACCCCUCCUCUUUGGCCCUGGAGACUAUCCAAAUACCAGGCUCCCUCAACCUAGCCUUCCUUACCCGCGUCUAACACACACACACACACACACACAUAUAUGAUUAAUAGAUAGGCUAUACAUAGGUACACAUGCAUUCACAUGCAUACACAAACCAUUCGCUUCCUAACGCAUCCAAACACUUACAUACAGUACACACACAACGUGUACACACACACACACGCUCAGCUUCCACCAUUCGGUAGUUUUUACGUCAGUAGUUGAAAGCCCAUCCUCCUCCGCAUAUACAAAUGCUAAACUCUAAGAGAAUGCACUGCUACAGGCCACCUUUUUCUCCUAUCUUACCCCCUUUUACUGGAGCUACACAGACCACAUAGAACCCCAUUUAAGACCUAGUACCAUGUUCCCCCAGUCCUCUCUUUUCUCCUCUGUGUUCUCUUCUCAGUAGUGUAG